GACCGAGGAUCCCACGGCAUCUCUGCAGCGCCCAUCCAAGAACACGGUUGCUGGGGCUGUACUGAUGCAGAGGCGGGUUUGUGUCUCUUGUGUGUAGCGCUCGGCGUGUAGCUGCUCUGCGAUCUGGGUGUGAUCACGUGACUCGCGCGCCUUGCUGCGCUGCGCUCUGGCCGUGGAGCGGACGCUGCAGGAGGAUGGAGGGAGCGGCGGAGCUGAGAUGGUGAGAGUUCCAAACAAUAGAGCUAACAACACUGCAGGCAUGCCUGAUGUUUGGCAUCCAGUCCUGCAUGUGCAUCAUUACUGAAACCAAUACAAAUUACUGUAACUGUCUGCUAAUGUUUAAUGUCAAUCACUAUUAGUGCUGCCAGAUCUAUCAGGGUUUUCCUAGAGCUAUAGCCCUUCUAUAUGGUAGCUGGUAGCACAUGAAACAUGCUUACACUGCAAGAGGGAAAUCCAUUGGCCAUGACAGCUCCUUUGGGAUGCUUCCAUAAUAAGCUUAGGAGGAUGUCAAUAUUACACAGUGCUGGGGAGCACCUUUCAUGGACUGCCCAUCAGUGUGUUAGAUGUGAUAGCCACUAAUAGUGAGAAGGAGGGGGUGCCAGGCUUACAUACAGCUAAGAUAGAGCUAGAGUGAACCGGCUGGGGUUUUUGUGAGAAAAUCUUGUUAUAUUGCAAAUGUUUAUUUUAUUUUUUUUGAAGGAUCAUUUAAUAACUGUUUAACAGUGUAUUUAUAACUGUAAUGUGUAACAUUGUAUUUGUAUGUGCUCCCUUGGACAUACUUGAAAAAAUUGGAAAUUAGAGGUGUAGUAAGGUCAUGAGGCACCCAGUAAACUUACUGAUUCAUGAACAUUGGUAUUUAUAUAGUGAUACAGGACGUCCUCGUUUUGCGAGCCGUCGUGGGAAUUAGAGGGGUUUCCUGAUCUGCUGCGUUCGUCUAUGUUCGGGGGCAUUUCCCCGAACAUAGACCAGCGCACUAGAGCAGGGAAUCCCUUAACUCCUCACUUACUGACCAAUUUGUUCGACGACCGGGUCUUAUGAACGGAACCUGGUCGAUAAGUGAGGAGUACCUGUAUACACUCAUUGAUAAACACAGGUAUGUGCAGUGGCGUACAUACCAGGGUCGCAGGGGUCGCGGCUGCGACCGGGCCCGGCCCACCAGGGGGCCCGGCCGCCCCUGCGACCUGGUAUGUACGCCCAGGGCCAGCUCCGGCAUCCCUACGCGGCGCGCAAGGGAGAUGAAAAGGAAGCACUGAGUGCUCCCUUGCGCGCGCGCCUGCCUACCCGACCGGCCACCCGCCCAGGAGCCCAGCAGCACCACUGGACACCAGGGAAUCCCCCCAGCACUCCAAAAGGUAAGGAGGCUGGGGGGAUUAAAUUAAAAAAAAAAAAAAAAAUCAUGUGUUAGUGUGAGUGUUAGAGUGUGUGUCUGCUAGUGAGUGUUAGUGUGUGUGUCUGCUAGUGAGUGUUACUGUGUGUGUCUUACUGAGUGUGUGUUUGUCAAUGAAAGUGUAUGUUUUGUAAGUGAGUGUGUAUGUAUGUCUGUCGCUGACUGUGUCUCUGUCAGUAAAUGCGUGUGUCUGUUAGCUAGUGUGUAUGCGUUUGUAAGUGUGUGUGUGUGUGUGUGUCUUCAGCACUUACCUUUCUCCAGCGCCGGACUCCCUUGGCGCUGAGGAUCCCUCAGCCUCUCAGCUCCGAAUGCGACCGCGCACGCAUUCAAACCGCCCAUGGGAAAGCAUUACUCAAUGCUUUCCUAUGGAUGUUCAGUGUGCUCCUCUAGCGGCUGUCAGUGAGACAGCCACUAGAGGCUGGAUUAACCCUCAGUGAAACAUAGUUUUCAGCUGCAGGGUUAAAACUAGAGGGACCUGACACCCAGACAACUUCAUUGAGCUGAUGUGAUCUGGGUGUCUGUAGUGGUCCUUUAAAGGACCACUAUAGUGCCAGGAAAACAUACUCUUUUUCCUGGCACUAUAGUGCCCUGAGGGUGCCCCCACCCUCAGGGACCCCCUCCCGCCCGGCUCUGGAAAGGGUUAAAACUUACCUUUUUCCAGCGCUGGGCGGAGAGCUCUCCUCCUCUGAUCCUCCUCUUCUCCUCCCCGUCGGCUGUAUACGCACGGCAAGAGCUGCGCGCGCAUUCAGCCGGUCACAUAGGAAAGUAUUCAUAAUGCUUUCCUAUGGACGCUGGCAUGCUCUCACUGUGAAAAUCACAAUGAGAAGCACGCAAGCGCCUCUAGCGGCUGUCAAUGGGACAGCCACUAGAGGAAAUAGGGGAAGGCUUAACCCAUUGAUAAACACAGCAGUUUCUCUGAAACUGCUAUGUUUAUGAAAAAAUGAGUUAACCCUAGCUCGACCUGGCACCCAGACCACUUCAUUAAGCUGAAGUGGUCUGGGUGCCUAGAGUGGUCCUUUAAGUGUGUGUGCAUCUGCAUGCACUGGCGUACAUACCGCGGUCGCAGGGGUCGCAGCCCUGUAACCCCUGCGACCAGGUGCCCACCGCCAUGUGUUGCGGCCCGGCCCGCGGGGGAGGGAGGGGCCCACGGAUCAAUUUUCGCACCGGGGCCCCAUGGGUCAUGUGUACGCCACUGGGUAUGUGUAUAUAUUAUAUAAAAUCUAAAUUUCCACAUCAUCACAACAAUGGUGAGGGGGGGGGGGAGGGAGGAGGAGGAGGAGGAGAGAGAGAGACUCAGUUUCACCCCCAUGUACCUUGGUGUGAGUGUAAUGGUGCUUGUUUUGAUUCACCAAUCACUUGGAGACCUGGGAGGAAGAGGAACUGUCUGUGCACCCCUCCUCAGUACACUGGGUACUUUUGGCACCAUAAACCAGUACAGCUUACUGUAUUGGUCAUGGCACUCAGGGUGUUCCUUUUAGAUAUUUUUAUUUAAAAAAAAAAAAAAAAAAAAGUCUUUAGACCAUUUGACACUUACCUUGGUUCCCUGACCUCUACCUAUCUGGGUAUACUACAGGUUUGGAUGGCAUCCAUUGGACUUCUCAUUCAUACUCUCAGACAAUGAAUUCCACUCAAAUUGGGAUGCAAUUUAUGUGUGUGUUUGUGUAUAAUGUGAAAGGAGACCUUCUGCUUUAGCUACAUUUAAAGAGGUGCUGAUUGCAUCAUGACAGCAUCUUGUCUGUUUAUGUAUUUAUUGAUGCAAGGUGACAUAUAAAACAUGUAGUGUAAUUAAAACCAAGGUACUAAUAGUUACUCUUAUUUUAGAUUAUAUCAGAUGUGAUCAUGUAAUUUAGACAGUAGGAAUUAAAACUAUAUUUAUACGUUGCUUGGGAUUGUUUCCCUACUUGCUAUGUGUAGGAGGAAUAUGUUCGAGUUGUCCCUGCAAUGCUAAAUGUAGAACCAGAGUUUGCUUUUUAAACUGCCAUUGAAGCUAUUGAGAACUUUAUCACAUUAACUGAAAUGUAAAUUGUUUGAGAAUUCAAAUUUAAUUUCAUGUUUUUGGGCAAACUGAAACCAUAGAGAACUUUUCCAAUAUAACUGGUUAGGGCUAAAGUACCAAAUUUAAAGCAUCACUGUUAGUCUGGGGGCUUUGCAGAAUUUGUGGGUCCAGGGACCAGGAGCCAAAUGUCACUGCUGUACUCUCAUGCAUGCACAAGAGUACAGCAUUGAGAUAUGGAGGAUCCAGCAAGACCGUGGGAUCCUCCAUAGACAAGGCCAUUUCCCUGCAGCCGUCACUGGUGAUUGACACUGUGGCUCCUCCCAGUGUCUAAGAAAGUAAGGCGUAGGAAAAAUAAAUAAGACAAAGUAGUCCCUACUUUGUCUAUAGUUAGAAAAAGAUAAAAAAUAGAGUAGGAAAGCGGAAGAGUAGUGGAAGUUAUUUAGGAAAAAGUACUGUAUAUACCAGUCUAUAAGUGUCAGGAUUACUGUUUGAUCCAGCACGUAGAACUGUACAGCACGGAUGACAAAUAAGUAACGUAUUACCGGUCCUUAGAAUGGCCGGAUUUAACGUACAAAGAAUAGUCAAAAAUACUAGCCGAGGUCAGGGAACACAGAAAGGGACACAGCGAUGAGGAAAGCCAGGAGUCAGGAUACCAGAAUAUAGAGAAGUCAAUAAACAAAGCCAAAGUCAAAAACCAGGUGGAAAACUAUAAACAGGAACGCGCUCUCAGACAACCACAAGGGAAACCACGACAGGGCACUGAGCAGGCUGAGAACUGGGCCUAAAUACCCCUCCUUUAGUUCUGAUAGGCUGUAACCGGCCUUUGACCCCAAAGUCAGUUACCAGGUUUCAUUUGCAUAAUUGCUGCUCAGCAUUAACUCUUCUGUGCAUUAGGUUGCUGCUCGGCACAACUUUUCCUGUGUGGACAGUAAAUGUCAUUAAUCACUUUUCUCUAAGCGGAUGAAUACAUGACACCAGGUUUCAUUUGCACAAUUACUGCUCAGCAUUAACCCUUCUGUGGAUUAGGUUGCUGCUCGGCACAACUUUUCCUGUGUGGACAGUAAAUGUCAUUAACCACAUUUCUAUAAGCGGAUGAAUAUGUGACAAUAAGUCGAUCUUGUGUAUAAGUCUAGUGCAGUUUUUUGACCAACAAUUGGUCAAUACUCAUGGAUAAGUUGAGGGUACGACUUUUGAAUGGAAUUGUUCCCCUUCUGUUCAGUUACCGAACAGACUCUGUGAGGCCCCUUGUUAACACCUCGUAAUCACUGACCACCCCUGGCUGUUAAGCGCAAACAAGCAUUCCCUGGGUGGCCGCCAUUCGUAUAUGCGAACGCACGUGUUCGUCCCGCAAAGGCAGCGGUACAUGGUCUUCGACAGCAUGGAUCUCUGAGUUGGCUACGCAAGCCCGCUGAAACUUGUACCUCUGCUCGUUCGACUUCCCGACCAGCAAAGAGAACGGCGUUCGGCAGUCGACAUUGCCCCACAUUCGAUUCCUGAACGCCGUACAAAAUUCUAUCAAAACUAGCACUGACCCGUGGAUAAGUUGACUACGUUUUAAAAAAUGAAGUUUAGGACAAUAAUUUCUCGACUUAUACAGAGUAUAUACGGUAAGUACGGCGUGACAGUGCCGCUUUAAUAUUGAGAUCUUUAUAAUUGAUAUUUUAAUGAAUGACAGAUACAUUCUCAGUAUGGGUUCUAUAAAUGACCGAAUGUUUUAACCCCUUAAGGACCAAACAUCUGGAAUAAAAGGGAAUCAUGACAUGUCACACAUGUCAUGUGUCCUAAAGGGGUUAAACAACAACAAAAAACACAACUUCUUCUAAAGAUACGGCCCCUUGUCGGUUGAGUGAUAGGAGAGAGCAGGAGAACGAUCCUAGAGAUGACAUAUCUUCUUCAUCACAGCAACCACAGUGCACAUACUGUAACUGCUUUGCUUAUUCCUCUGAUGAGGACAUCUUAUGCCUUGGUAGAGGAAUAUAGUAAUGUAUGCGUAUUCUUUCUGACUUCCAUGGGUAUGUAUUUAAGUAAGAAAUGUCAGAAAUUAAAAUGUUAGACCAAAAUAUCCAAACUGUAAGCUUAGCUGAAUUUUGUUUUGACCAUAAGGGAACACUAUAGACACCACGAAGACCCUGAAUGUUUCUCAUAUCGAUGUGUUGACUCAAUGCAUUUCACCCAGUGGAGGCAAAGCCUAAAUCCUUUUUUUUUUUUUUUUAUUAUUUAGAAUGUGCCCAUAUGUGAAAAUAGUUACUGGAACAUAGCGUUUGAAAUACAUAUUUGACAUAAUUGGUAAUAGCGGUUACUAUAGUGUUCAUUUAAUUUUGAAUUCCUGACAAUUCUCCCUUUCGUCAAAAACGCUGUUGGUGUAAUAUAGUUUGAUAAUGUCAUUUUUUGUUUUCUCUAUUUUUCAGGGACAUUGAGCCUCAUAAUGGCAAGAGCUGUUUUUUCACUCAAGCAACUUAUGAAAAGUAUUCCUUGGCACCAACACUGGCUGAACUCAUGCUUCUGGCAAACAAGUAAAAUUCAUUCCUCACGUUCUGUGUCAUGUGGAUAUAUUCUUAAAAGUUUAAUUAGAGUUGUUAGGGCAAGAAAAGAAGUCUAGAACAGAAGGUAGCCUUCUUCAGCUGGGGGUUUUCUGACCAUACCUGCUCUAGAACAACGGGCCUGUGGUCUCGGGAUGAUUUUUUUUUGUAAUGUAAGGAUAAUGCUUCGAAUAGUACAUGGGCUGGAUAAUUACUGGUUAACGUUAGCGAGCUAACCACCUAGAUUUCUAUUUGUUGCGUUCAUGCAUUGAUGCAAGUUGUAUCCACUUUUUGGCAGGUCAGUUCUCAUGGUGUUUGUUUUAGAUUAUUAGUAUCCUCACAGUUCCAGGCAUACUCGAAACCAUUUGAUUCCAUUCUUCUAUCUGAAUUUGUGCAUUCUAAAAACCGAAUAUGAUACACAUUUCAUUUUUGUAAUUUUUUUUCCUUACACCAGCAAAAUCAGUACGAGUAACGCCAGAUUUUGCUUAUUAACAUAUAGUCCUUAACUGAGGCAGCCUGGUGUUGCUAGAGCUUGCAUGUUCAGUACUUGGGCACCUAUGAGUCAGCAAACUUUUACAGCUAGAUGUUAAUCUGACAUGUCAGCUUUUACUUCCCAUGGCAUCUUUUCCUACAAGGAGAGACAGCUGUGAUGUGUCUUCAGCUAAGUACUGCUGAUCUCUUAUCAUUUUCUCAUGUCUCCUGUGAAUAAUAACUUUUCACUAACAUUGGCCAAAACCAUGCACCUUCAAAUGUAAUAUCUCCAUAUCCUUCAUAGCUAAUAUAUCCUCCAUAUCUAGUAUCCGUCAUACUGGUGUAUAUAAAUAUUUUUAAUUAGGAUAAUUAAUUGCCUUAUAAUGUGAUAGGCAGGAGUCACAUUCACCCACAUAGUUACACUCCAACUUUACGCAAGGAGCUUAAAGGGACACUAUAGUCACCAAAACAAGUUUAGCUUAAUGAAGCAGUUUUGGUUUAUAGAUCAUGCUCCUGCAGUCUCAAUGCUCAGUUCUCUGCCAUUUAGGAGUUAAAUCACUUUGUUUAUGCAGCUCUAGUCACACCUCCCUGCAUGUGAAUUGCACAGCCUAAAUAUGUCAUGUAAAGAGUCAUCUAAUGUUUACACUUCCUUUAUUGCAAAUUCUGUCUAAUUUAUAAUUCCUUAUCUCCUGCUCUUUUAAUAGAUUGCUAGACCCUGCAGGAGCCUCCUGUAUGUAAUUAAAGUUAAAUUUACAGAGCAUGAGAUAAAAAUCUUUUAAAGUAAGUUACAUCUGUGGGAAAAUGAAACCAUUUUGUUUUCAUGCAGGCUGUGUCAGUCACAGCCAGGGGAGGUGUGGCCAGGAGUGCAUUAACAGAAACAAAAGUAAUUUAACUCCUCAAUGGCAGUGAAUUGAACAGUGAGACUGCAUGGGGCAUGAUCUAUACACCAAAACUCCUUUUAUUAAGCAAAAGUUGUAUUGGCGACUAUAGUAUCCCUUUAAACUUAAUGCAGUUUGUUUCAUAGAAUGGUGACGCAUGAAGGUCAAAUGUACGGUGUGUGGCUUUAAAAUGUUACCGUGUCUAUUACUGUUGGUCAUUUCAGGCUUCUUAAACACUGAAGCCGUGCUCCACAAUCAAAUCAGUGACCUUGUGUAGUAACUGAGUGAGGGGGUAGUGUAUAGCAGUGUUUCCUAAACCCUUCCUCACUUACCACCUACCAGGGUUUAGGGAGACUGGUUUUGGGGUACCACUGGUGUAUAGGAUGGCAGUCUACAAGAGUUUACAUAAAAGGUUUUUGCGAAACUAGACCAUCAAAACAAUAUUGUGUAUAUUCCUAUACAGUGAAGAAAUUAUAUGUACGUCUUUUUUUUCCUUUUUAUGUUAAUAUUUUAAAAUAAUAAAAUCAUCGGAAGCUAAGUCUCCAAUGGCUGCAUUAUCCAACUUUAUUGAAAAUCAAUCGAAGUUUAAAAUUUAGAAUCUGUGCAGUCGUGUGACCAUUUUGUCCUCUACAUACCAGGUGACUAACCUGAUAUAAAUAUAGGUAUAAUCCAGCUACCUAGGGGGUUAAAAUCUAUAUUUAACAAAAAAAAAGGCAGUGCAACCUCUCCUUUAUCAGACUUUCUGUUCAUUAUGGAGUGCUCUACCUGCAAGGCUGUCAUUGCCUGGAUACAUUAUCUACUUUUACGAAAUGGAUAUGGAAAUACACGUCUCUUAAUAUUUCAAAGAUUUUUUUUUUUUUGCAUGCUACUGGUAAUUUGGGACUAUUUUAAAUAAUGAAUCUAAUGUAUUUGGGUAUUUGGAGAGCUAAAAUUACCUGAUGCAUUUAAGAAUGGUGCAGCGUGUGGAUCAAUAAUAAUAAUAAUAGUCCUGCAAUCUCCACGAUGAAAUGGGUCAAGCUUAUAAAUUUCAAAGUUUGAUUGAUCUUCUGUAAAGUUGGCUAAUGGUGGGGAGGGGACCCAUACCGCAAUUCCGUCAAAAUAUACUUACAAAGUAUCAACUCUCUGGAUUGCUUAAAAGAAACACCACAAGGUGGCACUAUUUCCUCAGACUAUUGAUUAGAUAAUAAAUCUAGAGAAUGUAUAUUAUGUAUUUUAAAAUAUGAACAUUUUCUCAAAAUAAUAAAAUGUUAGAGACCCUAAAAAAAUAAACAAAACAAAAAAAUGGAAACAUUAAAUGUAAAUUAGGAAUCGAUAUUUAAAAAAAGUCAAUUUGAGGGAUUCUCAAAAAGUAAUGAACUAGGGCGGUUAAAGGUACCUUUUAAGGUCAAUCCAACAGAGAAUUUAUCAGCAUUAUGGAAUUCUGUGUUCAUGUGGGGGGUUGUAUACGUAUGCUGGGACUGGGUACUCCCUUCUCUAACACAGAAAGGUAGACCGCAAAAUGCUUCAUCAAAUCAACUUACACCCGGAUCUACAUAAGCUGAGUGGACAGAGGACGCUCUGCAUUUAUUUUAGUAAAUUUAGCAUUUCCCUGUUCUAGUAAAUAGGAUGAUGAAAGUCGAGGAUUGCUUUGCUGCCUAGUUGCACGGUUAUGUCCUCUAUGGUCAAACCGUUAUUACUUCGUGCACAGGAUGUGCUUCCUUCUACCCGAACAAGAACUUUUAUGGUUACACACACACAUUUAUUUUUUUUACUUGCUUUACAACCCGAAAAGUUUGUUCAGCAUCCAUGUGCAAUUUAGCUUCAUUCAUGAAAAACAAUGAAUUAAGCUUUUUGGCAAGUGAAUAGGACCUGCUAUUAGCUUAGGGAUUAUCAUUCUUCUUAUUUUAUUUUUUUUGCCUCUCAAUAUUGAAAGUACUUAAUGCAAAAUCUGUAAUCCCCACCUCCAUCUGCCAUAAUGAUCUAAUCGAUUUCAAUUACAUUUUUGUUUUUAUAGAGUACAGAAGGCUCCAGAGAAAUCCCCAGAAAAAGAAGAGAAGGCCCCCAUUUCCCAGCCCACAGUUCCAGAGAGAGAUGAAGCUGUCAGAACGUCCACAGACAUUCAGUCUCUGCCUGAGCCCCGCGUGCCGUACCCCCGCUCCUCCUCACUCUCUUUGUUGGAGCAGAGGACAUAUGUACAGCUGAUGAUCAAAUUUAUGGGCAAGAAAUGCUUCAAACCACAUAUAAUACAACUCCGGGAGUAUGAACAUUAUCAGGUAUGGGCCUCUGCGUAGCACAGAUACAUUGUGCAGUUUAUACUCUUAAUGGAUCACUAUAGUGUCAGGAAAACAAACUCCUUUUCCUGAGACUAUAUCAUAAAACCCCUUCGGCCACUUAUUUUAAUCCAGCGCCGGGCACCCCUGACGCUGGCUACCUCUCCUCCCCCACAGACGUCAGCCCCCGCGUGGAGCUGAAUGCGCAUGCGCGGCAAGAGCCGCACACGCAUUCAAACAGUCCAUAGGAAAGCAUUUCUCAAUGCUUUCCUAUGGACGUUCUGCACGCUGGAUGCGAUUUUCGCAUCCAGCGUCGCAGAAGCACCACUAGCGGCUGUCAGGAAGACAGCCACUAGAGGUUGGAUUAACCCUGCAAUGUAAACAUAGUAGUUUCUCUAAAACUGCUAUGUUUACAUCUGAAGGUUUAAAACCUGGGGGACCUGGCACCCAGACCACUUCAUUGAGCUGAAGUGGUCUGGGUGACUAUAGUGUCCCUUUAACCCCUUAAGGACCAAACUUCUGGAAUAAAAGGGAAUCAUGACAUGUCACACAUGUCAUGUGUCCUUAAGGGGUUAAAGGAACACUCUUGCGUAAGGAAUACAAAUCUAUAAUCCUGUUGCUACAGUCUACCUAUCUCUAGUAGUAUUAGGUUUGUCCCCGGAGCAAACAUUUAAAAAAAAAUGUUUAAUUAAGUUUUACAUACCUUAAUCCAGCAACGAGGCUCCUUGGUGCAGCUGACUACUCUCGCCCCAUUGAGGUCUGCACCGUGACGGUCUAAUACAAUGCUUUUCCUGGAGGAGUAUUGGGGGGACCUAUUUCUCAUGCGCAACGCGCACCAUUGUGCUUUUAAAAAUCUUAAUUUCCUAUGGGGACCCUGCGUCACGUGACCGUUUUACUCGGUCUGAGCUGUGGAAGCUCCUCUAGUGGUUGUCAGUAUGACAGCUACUAGACGAGGAGUUAACCCAGCAAUGUAAACAUUGCAGUUUCCCAAAAACUACGCUAUUUGCAGGGUUAAGGGGACGGGCCACUGCACCCAGUCCACUUCAUUGAUAUGACGUGAUCUGGGUGACCGCGAUAUUCUUUUUACUAUAAAUUGUGGAGAAUUAAAAAUAAACUUUUAAAAAACAUUUUAGGAUAAAAUAGUGGAAUGUUUCCAGUUAAUUCAUUUAUUUAUUUAUUCUUUUGACUAAAACUUAUCAUUUUCUAAUUCGUUCUCAACAAUUCCCAGUUUACUGAAUUAACUCAUGUCAGAAUUAGUGUAAUAUAUAGACAAAUCACAGCGAUUUUUAAAAUAUCCGUUAACCUAUCCAAACUGAAGUCCCUGUGAGCUGUUGAAAGCGGUAACCAGCUGUGUGGACAUCAUAGUGGGAGGUACUCAGAGCGCUUCAUUCCAUCUAUAAAAGUGAGAGCCUUUGAGCAAUUCUCUUUUUUUAUGAUACUGCACAUUCAUUUCUUUUAGAUAACAUUUGUAUCCCCAAAUUUGUGAGUACAAGAAAACUAAAUAAAGUCAUCUUCACAUAAAUGUAUAUAAACACAUUUUGAAUGUAAUUCAAACUAAAUGUCUGGCUCCGUGUGAGUUUAACUAAAGUUGGCACAAUUAAAAUACCUUCACAUAAAUGUGCGUACGGUCAAAGGAUUAUGAAACUGAACAGGCAGCCAAUGCAUCAGAGCCACUACAUCCAUUUGUACUGCUGUACAGCACUACUAGGUUGCAGGUACUACUCCUUGCUUUUGGGUCAAAUGUAUUUCAAGUGGUUCCUGUUCACCUUUAGCAGUUGGUGCCCUUUUAUUGAACUGUAUGCACAGAACAGAGAAGUAAAAUUGUCUGUGUUCAGUCAGCAUUUCCUCUGUAUUUGCCAACCUGUUUGAAAUGAAAGAGAAAGCAAUUGAUAGACAUCAAUCCUAUCUUUAUUUUUUGUGUGUCACAGUUAAAGGAUUACUCCAAGCCUCCAGGAGUACCCUGGCCUGGUUCCCCAGUAAUGGGAUAAAACGUUUAGCAAUGGUUUAUCCACUUAGCUAGGUCCACGCCAGGCACCGAUGCUCCCUCUUGGUCCAGAUAUGUUCUUCCGGCCUCUCUAGAACCUGCGGCAAUCGCAAUCCAUUGACUAAGAAUGGCAGCUGACCAUUAUAAGCUAAUGACUAACAAUCUGUACAACAUAAGUUUCUCAGAAUUGACAUUAGCCAGCCAAGAACUCUUGUUCUCGUUAUUGACACCCCAAUGAUGAUGCUGCUGGAGAUGGAGUUACACACAUGCACAUAAAGACUACAGGCACCAUGGCCACUUCCAAUCACUGUAGUGGCCAUGCUGCUUGGAGUAACCUUUUAAGGCACCAAGCCACAGGUCUGUACAUCUCCCCAGUGCCAGCUUGCCUGGUUUUCACUGUUACCAUCUACUCCAAAUGAGGCUCAUGUGGGCAUGAUAGGUUGAUAUAUUGUUUUUGCAUACUGUUGAUUGAAUGUAGUGUUUUUUUUUGUUUGUUUUUUUUCCCUGUAAAUCUCAAAUCACAUUUUGAACCUGGUUACAGGGUUUAGCAAGUCCCAAAUAAUUCUAAGUCCUUUAAUAAGCUGGUCAGCGCUCUUGACUAAAUCGUAAACCAAGAAAAAAAAAUAAAAAAAUUUAAAAAAAAUGAUUGCACAGUAUUUGCGACCCUUUCUUAAUUGUAUAACUGCCUUAUUGAUCGAGUGCUCAGCAUUUGAAUCAUGUAUCAUUAACUAGAGUAAAAAAACAAGUAGCAAGAGAGUGCUGAGGACGGACAACAGCUCAAUUAGCUUGCUCUUCGGUGGGUCCCCGCUCAGUUCUCAAGCUGGUUUUAGCUCAUCUUGUGCCAUUACAGAGAGAACCAGGCCAUGUAUCUCAGACUGAUUCCAUCCAACAGGGCAGAACAGAUCCAAAAUACAGGCCGGCUCUACACGAGAGAUAUAGCAACCCCAGACAAUCGUUUCAGCCUUGUUAGGCAGAGGGAACUUGCUGGCAUUUCGGAUCUGGACUGCCCGUAUGGGUGGGACCAGUCUGAUAUGCUUCAGAUAUGUUCUCUCUGUAAUGGCACAAGAUGAGCUAAAACCAGCUUGAGAACUGAGCGGGGACCCACCGAAGGGCAGGCUAUUUCAGCUGCUGCCCGUUCUCAGUAUUCUCUUGCGACCCAUUUUUUUGCUCUCCACAAGUUUAAAGGGUAAUCCAGACGUAGACCCUUGCUCACGGUGCCUAGGGAGAUAUCAGCUAUGCCUCACUGAUGAUGCCUAACAAGGCUGAAACGAUUGUUUGGGGUUGCUAUAUCUCUCGUGCAGAGAGAACUUGCUGGCAUUUCAGAUUUGGACUACCCGUAUGGGUGGGACCAGUCUGAUAUGCUUCAGAUAUGUUCUCUCUGUAAUGGCACAAGAUGAGCAAAAACCAGCUUGAGAACUGAGCAGGGGACCCACCGAAGGGCAGGCUACUUCAGCUGCUGCCCGUUCUCAGUAUUCUCUUGCGACCUGUUUUUUUUUAAUGUAUCCUUAACUGUUGAUUUCAGGGUUGGGUUUACCUGAUGUGGACAUUCUGCCUUUGCUGUAUGUUCUGUCAGUAGAACCAAUUGUUUGUCUAUUGAUCUGAUCUGCGCUAAUCUAUCCAAUGUGAUUUACCAUAUUCUAUCUAAUCUAUCAUAAUUUUUACUUGUUUGACUACAUAGUCAGUCAGGUUUGUAUACACUUUAAGAAAAAAAAUGCAUAUUGUUCUGCGUUUCAUUUUUGUAACUUUAUUUAUUUGUAAUAUUUCUUUUUUUGUUUUUUUGUUAUUAGUUUCUGAAGUCAAAGGCAAGCAUUGAGAAUGCAGAGUUUCAGAAAUUCCUUCAGAACAGUGCCCGGAACUGUAUGGAAGAUUACAACUGUCUCUCACCGGAUGCACAGUUAUACACACAGGUGUGUCUGCUAUCUGUAUACACUAAUUCAUGUAUGCUGUAACCCUCACUAGAUCAUAAUACUGGGAUUCACAAAACAACAUAUGAAGUGUAAAGAGUAGAACCAAUUGAAGAGUGUAUAGCUCCACUGGUCUGCUACAAAUUACAGACAUUCAAGGUCAACUUUCUCAUGGGAAUAUCUAAGGAGUGUCUGUCCCUGAACGGCACACCUAGUUUGGGAUCAAGUUUUGAAAACUGGAUUUCAAUAUAAGAACUAAUUGAUGAAAUCUUAACUGUUAUCCAAAAUAAUUAUAGGACUUUUUUUAGAGUAAAGUUAGUUUUUCUUAAAGAGAGACCAUUGGCUGGAGUUGACAAACCUUUGAACACAAUACGGGCCAGCAGUAGAUCUUUUCACCUACAUCUUUAAAUACACUGCAUGUAAUUCAUUGACAUUGAGUUUGGCACAGGCAACAUGCAGGACCGCCAUCAGAAAUUUUGGGGCCCCUAACACAGCUCAAGUUCUGGGCCCCCGGGGGUCUGCCUCUAAGCCCAUCCUCGGGGCCUGCCUCCAAAUCCCGCCACAGGACCCGCCUCCAAAUCUGCCCACAUGGAAGCAGUGUUUGUAGAGUGCAUAAGGUGUGUAGUGUGUGUGUGUGUGUGUGUGUGUAUAUAUAUCUCACACACACACACAGUAUCUCACAAAAGUGAGUACACCCCUCGCAAUUUUUGUAAAUAUUUUAUUAUAUCUUUUCAUGUGACAACACUGAAGAAAUCACACUCUGCUACAAUGUAAAGUAGUAAGUGUACAGCUUGUAUAACUGUGUAAAUGUGCUGUCCCCUCAAAAUAACUCAACACACAGCCAUUAAUGUCUAAAUCGUUGGCAACAAAAGUUAGUACACCCCUAUUCUAUUUAAUAUCACUCCUGUAUACACUGCAUCUAUUUGCACUUUAAUCUUUUAUUAACGCACGCUCUAUAUUGAUGUUUGUUGGAAAUGUAAAAUUGGUGGCAUAUAUACAAAGGUGUAUAUCUUUGUGUUAUGGUACUUGAUGGUAGAUUUCUUUCAGCAUAUAUUUCUGGAUUUCAGAUAUAUGACCAAUGGUUGAAAUGUAAGUUUGUAUCUCAAAAAAGUAAAGUGUCAAAGUUUGUAUAUAACCAGAAAUCUGAUGUCAUUCCGAGAAUCCUCUUCUUCUGUGCUGACAUACAUAAACAAAGCAGAAUGCCUUCAUAAUAACACUAUGAUGUUUGUAAUGCUAAAUAUAGUGUUUGUGUGUGUGUUUUGUCUUCUGUCUUUACAUUUCAGGAAGUACUGAAGGCCAGCCGGUCAUACGUGAAAAACUAUCCCGAGUUUUACUUUUAUCAUGAAGUCACCAGUAUGCUAGGUGGGAAAAUCAUCCCUGAUCUCACCUUAAAGCUGGAGAAAUGCCUUUUAGCAUUGGUAAUGCAGUUCAGAAUUUUUUUUCUUUUGUGUUACUUGGACCUUUAUUUAAAAAAGGACAUUUAAAGGGACAAUGUACACACCAUUUCCCUUCAGUUAAUUCCAAUAGUUUUGGUACAAAGAGUCCAUGGAUGCGGUCCAUCCAUUUUUCAUGCACUGGUUUAGAGAAGUUUGACAAAACACAGGGUUUUCCAUGUAGCUAAUAAUGCACAGUCAAACUCUUACAUUUACAGCAAUGAUGGGCUGUGAGCACCAGGGACGGUACUAUAACCACUACAUUGUACUGUAAUGGUUAUGGUGGUUAGGGAGUCCCUUUGUCAUGACAGAGUGUUAAUCCAACCACUUUUAGAAGUGGUCAAGGUGGUAGGAAUCUGGAUGUGCAAUGUUACUGCACAUAACAAAAUACUUUGUUACAGAGUUAGUUACACCCCUGGCACACGUAACUUAGGCAGCCUAAUAUGUUCCAGACUGCCUGAUGUUAAUUCUGUUCAAAAAUUAUUUCUGUGAACCUGUGGAACAGUCCAAACGAAUGCUUCUCAAUUAAUUUGAUCUCACAAGGGAAGAGACACAGGUGCACUAAUGAAUAAUGCCAAUAGGGUGUUUUAAACUGAAUAACAGCUUUAGAUAGCAAAGGCUGGAGUAACUCUUUAAGGCCAAAUAGUCAAUCUGAAGACAGGAUUCACUUAAUUAAUUAUUCUAAUUUUGUCUGUUUUGCACCUAAUUUUUACAUUCAUCUUGAAUUCCCAGCAAUUCUCACUUUAGUGGUAACCCUGUGUGUCUCAAUAGCCCUGUGGAUUUAUUUAACCUCUUCAUUAAAAUAAACUUUCUAGUUCUAAACCAAAAGAGGUAAAAAUCAUUUUAUGGCACUGUUAUUGGCGUUAUAGCUCCGUCUCUUUAAUUAUUUUGAUUUUAUUUUCAGGGUGAAGUUCAUUUUGCAAAAAUUACUUUUCCCAAUUCUGAACUUGUUCUGCCAACUAGUUACACGAAAGUGUCUUCUAAGGUCCCACCAUCCAGGAAAGCUGAGCAUAUGCACACGGUGAGUUAAGACCUGCUGGUUCUUCUAGAAAGAGUCCUGGUCUUAUCUUUUCAUUUAUUCUAAUGCUAUAUUAUGGGUCAAUUAAACACUCUAAGCACCAUAUCCUUCUUCGCCUGAAGUACACUAGGUUCUUCAUGCAGAAUCACAGACUGUAACUUGGUUUAUCCAUACCUUUCAAGGUACUAGUGUCCUAGCAAAUUGUAUCAGAUGGCACAGAAAAAUGGUCAGCAGCAGGAAAGUGAAUUAAAGGCAAACGUUUUCUAUAACUCGUACAUAUGAAAAUAUCAAACAAGGCUGCGGGUAUGUGGAUAGCAUUUGGAGCUACACUAGAAUUACUUGACAGUAUCUAAUUGCUGUUUGCAAAAAAAAGUGUGUAAUGCACACACUAAAAAAGGAGGAAUACUUCCUGCAAGGUGCUCCAGAAAGGGAAGGCCAAUUCCUGAAGACAUAUCUAGGCACACCUGAGGUUUCUUCUAGAACAAGAAUGUCAAACUCAAAGUAUAGCAUGGGCCACAUAAACAAGGUUUAAGUUUAUGUGGGCCGCAAAAAAAAAAAACCUUAAAAUUUUCAUAAAAACAGUAGGUUUAUUUUGAAAAGUACAGUAUUAAAAAAAAGCAUCCCCUUCUACUAAACCACAGCACCCCCUUUAAUAAAUCCCAGUCCCCCUCUCCUCCCUCCCCCCCCAUAUACUAAAUACUAGUACCCCCCUCUAGCCAACAAGCAGAUUCCACUCCACAUUGCCGCUGCCAGUAUGCGACUCCAGAGUCCGGCCUCUGGUAUACCCCAAAUGGUGCCGUCUGCACCCUGUGCCAAAUUUGAUCCUCCCGCUACUUCUUGAAACCCUGUGAAGAUGGAGCACAUCGAUGUCACACCGGAAUGUGAUGUGGCGUUGCGUGCCUCCAUGCACCUCCAGGUACGCCACUGUCCAGUCACAGCCAAUGCAACACUGACCAACACAGACACACACUCGCCGACAGACACACACUCGCCGACAGACACACACUCGCCGACAGACACACACUCGCCGACAGACACACACUCGCCGACAGACACACACUGGCCGACAGACACACACUCGCCCACUCGAUGGCCGACAGACACACACUCGCCCACUCGAUGGCCGACAGACACACACUCGCCCACUCGAUGGCCGACAGACACACACUCGCCCACUCGAUGACUGACACACACACAUUUUCUUUAUUGCUCCCUACCUUUUGGAGCCGAUGUGGGGCCUCUCCAUGGGGUCCAGUGGGGAUCUUCUAUCUGCUCGCUGCUCCUUUGUGCGGUUUAGUGAUGCCGGGUGCCAGAAUAUGAUGUCAUAUUCUGACGCCCGGCUUCACUACAGACGGUGCCGCGAGGGAGCAGUGAGGAGCAGGCACACUGAGCUCCUUCGCAGGCCCUCCCCCCCGGCCGGGUAAGUUUUAGCAGAGUAGGCACCUGCCAUGUGGGGAAAGCAGGUGCCUACUCUGCUAUAACACUGAGCAUGCACUCGUGGCUCGCUGGGCCUCAAUGAUGUUUGACAUGCUUGUACUAAAAAGCAGUCUCUUUUUUUUGUUUUUGUUUUUUUUGAAACAAGUCUCAGACUUGAUAAAGGCUCAGAAAGGAGCUGAAACAUCGUCUUCACAUCCUUGUUUUAAAUAAAAUAAAAAAGACAGCUUUUUAGAAGAAACCUCUGGUGUGCCUGGAUUUUUCUUUUUCUUCCAUUUAGUAUUUAGUUGCUGAACAGACUGAUGUUCUACAUCUUUUCAGGACAUUUGCCUGUGUUGGUGAUAUACGGUCUUAUUCACUCCAAGCACUGGUGGUCUUCUGUGGGUGUCAUUGUGUGUGUUUUGUGUAACCUAAAUAUUCAGUGAUUAGGACUGUAGAUGACUUACAACAUGCAAUUACAAUCUGCAAAAUAGUACUCACCAGUCUCUCAUAUCUUUGCCAACAGAGUGUGAGCUCCGAUCCCAACGCAACAAAGUUAGCUGCAAAGUACUGUCCGCAGGUUGUCAUGACAUCCCAGGCAUUAUAUGCCCUUCUUAAUAAUCAUGGGAACAGCUAUAAUGAACAAUGGGAGAUUCCUUUUCGUGUGAAUACCAUAAACGAUGCAGGUAAGGUGGGCGAUUGUCAUACUGGCGAUGAAUAUGGCUAACCUUUUUAUAUUUCCUGGUUGUCCUCUUGUGGCAUUUCCUUGUCAUACCUUUUAGCAGUUACUUCUUGGAAAAUCAGGAAAAGGAUGUUUUGCUAAUGAAGGUCUGCUAUGGACAAUUACUUCGUGUUCUAACUGCUGUGAGAUAGAGCAGCUAGCCUAUAGUAAUACAAGAGGGGGGUGGGGGGGAUAUAAAGCAUAAUCGUGGCAGAAAAGUUCCUCCUUAAAAUGGCCCACUCUUAUUUCCAUAUUUUAUCAACUUCAUUUUAUGCAAAACCCUGUUUUCUUACACUACUAAUAUCUGGUAUAGUUGUUAGAAAAGCAGGAAGUGACACAACCAUUAACAUAUUUGAAGUGCUUGUAGUAGAAAUUGGGAGAAGCGUCUUGAGAGGUUCUCAGAUGCUAUAUGGAACAGGAAUGAAAUGGGACCAUGGAGAAAAGUGUAGUAUGUCCUGAGAAAUGGAAUACGGAAAGAGAUACUUAUAAUAUUUAGAGAUUUCAGUUAGUGCUACAGACUCUGUACUGGGUUGUUAAGCCGCCUUCCCUACUCACCAGCAUCUUUUAAGUUCUAAACCUUUUGUGUCUACUUGUUGUUUUUAACUUAUUUGAAACUAUAGUGCUGAUGAGUAUGUCUCCUUGAAACGAUCUGUGUUAUACAAAAUUGUUUUAAUCCAACUUAUGCCCCGUUUCCACUGAGCGGUACGGUUUUGUAUGGUCUGGUAUGCUAUUUUGAGUGUUUCCAUUAUGAAAGUGGCCCAUACAACCUAACCAACCUGUACCAUUCCUGGGCCCCCUUCAGAUGUAGGUACAUAGGAAAUGGUACGAUACGGUUAGGGCGGGGCUACUGGCGUCACACUAUACAAUCUAUUUGUUGGCGGACAAGAAAAUGUCAAUGCUCACGACAAAUGACACACUAUGCAUUUGGUCUAAAUCCCGCAUGCCCCCUUGCGGUCCGACUUGCAGUGGAAACGCUCACUUGAAUAGGCUGGACCAUUCUAACCCUACCGACCCGAACCAUACCGCUCAGUUGAGACGAGGCAUUAGUCUCCAAAUUGAGGUUUAUAUUAGAUAUAAUUAUUGUUUCAAUGACCAUAUCCAAUAAUCAAUUUAAUUUUAUGUUGAGAACAAAACUAUGAAUAGCGACAUGUUAUUGUUUACCAAAGGCCCACAAGGGUGCUAAGAACCCCCAGGAUAUCCCAUCAUAUUACAGAGGAGGUGAGCAGCUUGGUGGUCAAGAUUUUACGUCCACUAGUCGACCGAUGUUCAUUGUACAUUAGGGACACUAAACAUACUUUCUAAACUUGAGAACAUGGAUAUUCCACCAUAUAGGUUGAUAGCUAGUUUGGAUGUGGUCACACUGUAUAUGUCACGACUGCUAGUGUGGUCCAACACGCAGAACUAUGUAACAUCUACAUAGAAAAUUGAAAGGAAAUAAAAAGGAUACAUUUUUUUUUUUUUUUAAACUACACACUACUCUUAGGUUUGCCACCUGACUGUAUUUUACUGGCACAGCUGGUAUUUGAGGCUUGUAGUUAUACAGGAAAUACAAAUGCAGGUAUUUUUCUCAGUAUAAACGGAAAUUACUCUGCAAUACCAGCACCGGUCACUGUGUGGGGAGAGAGGCAGGGAUAGGAAGUUACAGCAUAUCCCUCCCUGCCUUUCUCUACUAUUCACUGAUCCAUGGGGGAGCAGCUACACAGCACAGAGAGUCCAGACAGGAGCUCUACAGCUCAGGUAAGUGAGGAAUGGGGGAAAGGCAGCAGGGAGACAUGGGGACACUGAGACACUAGGGGACACUGAGAAACUAGGGAACACCUGGGGACACUGAGACACCUGGGGACACUGAGAGACAUUGGGGCACGGAGACACUAGAGACACAGUGUCCCCAUGUCUCCCAGUGUCUGUGUCCCCAUAUCUCAGUGUCCCUAGUGUCUCAGUGUCUCCCAGUGUCCCCAAGUGUCUCAGUGUCCCAUGUCUCCCAGUGUCCCCAAGUGUCUGUGUCCCCGGGUCUCUCAGUGACAUGGGGACACUGGGAGAAAUGGGAACACUGUGACACUGGGAGACUAGGGGACUGGGCGACAUGGGGACACUGACACUGUGAUACAUAGGGGCACUGAGAGACUGGGUGACUUGCGAGACUGAGACACUGGGAGACAGGGAGACACUGGGAGCAAUCCAUCUAUACAGCAUAAUCAAACUGUGAGUAGUUUGUUGGUGAUUUUACAGAAUUUUCUCUUAUGUCACUCCUUGUGAUUUACAUCAUGUGAUGUCACACAUAACUAACUAAUUAUUCAAAUGUAUAAAGCUGGUAUUUUUUUCCAAGAAAGGUGGCAACCCUAACUACUCUUCACAUACUCUUGCUUAAAGGAUCACUAGAGGGUCAGGAACACAAUCAUGUAUUUCUGACCUUAUUAUGUUAAAACCACAAUUUAGCCCCCUUCUUGCCUCCCUAAAUAUAGUAAACUCUUACUUGUAUUGACAUCAUCAGAAGUGGUGGUGUGCGCAAAUUACAAUGCUUCCCCAUAGGAUUGGCUGAGUCUGUCAACUAGUCUGAGACUGUCAGGGGCAGAGCCAGCACAAGUCAAACAUAGCCCUGGCCAAUCAGCAUCUCUUCAUGAAGAUAAACUGAUUCAAUGCAUCUCUAUGAGGAAAGUUCAGUGUCUGCAUGCAGAGGGUGGAGACACUUAAUGGCAGUGCUGCACACUAGGCAAUACUGCCCUAGGAGGCACCUCUAGCAGCCAUCUAAGGAGUGGCCAUCAGAUUUAUUUUCUCUGAAAAGAUAGUGUUUACUGCAAAAAGCCUGGAGGGAAUGAUUGUACUUACCAGAACAAAUACAAUGAGCUGUAGUUGUUCUCAUGACUAUAGUGUCCCUUUAAGUUUGGAAGCUUAAGAGGGAUGCAUGAGAACAAAACCUGUGUGGACUGGCUGACAAUAAAAUAAGUUUAGAUAAUGCAGACUUUGGUCUCUCUAACACUGUGGCAUGUCCCCUUUCUUCUACACUCACUACAUACACCUUUUCUCUGUCUCAGACUAUAUACCAGGUGUAGCGGAGAUGCAAUAUUCCCCAGGUUAUCUCCGCUUAUGAUCCAAGUGAGGCUCAGGAACAAGCAAAUAAUCCACAGGCAAGGUUUCCAACAGGUAAAAUAACAGCAAUAUCCCCACAGCAAUCCCAAUAACUGGACGACACACAGUUUCAGGAGCAGAACUGAAAGCUUUAAUCCACAGUCUCCUUUUAAAGCAUGCUCCCAUGCAAGGGAGGGAUUUACAAUAAUUAUUACAGUAGCCAAUCCUGUCCUGGUAACCUCCCACACAUCUCCUCCCCUCAGCCAGCAUCAUAAUCCCCUUAUCCAGUACAGUAAUUCCCCCCGUUUCUGGAUGUACCCCUAAACGUAGGGGUACCGCUUUAAAUCCUACAUCCCCGGAUACCCCUGAUCUGGGUGAACAACAUAUCCAAAAAUCACCCAGAUCAGACCAGGGGUUCGGGAAAUGUAUGGAGGGAAUAAAAUGACCGACCGCACUAACUGAGAUAGCCGAAUGAGGUUCCAUGCGAAUGGGCCCUGCGGUCGGUCCUGGCAUAAGGGAAUAAAAUACACGAAAGCCUCUAGCUAUAGAGGCUUGGGAGGGUUCGCCUGAAUCCCCUCGUUCGGUUCUUUCUAUCUACCGAACGAGGGGCCGUUCGGUAGUUUGGAACCGAACGGACCGGGCUUGUGGAGGUCUCAGCGGUGUUCGCCUACUCGAGUGUCCGAUUUUAGUUCCAGACACUCGACGGCAAAACACCGCUGUUCAGGAGUUUUAAAAUGGCCGCCGCCACGUGUUCGUUUGUCGAAUGGCGGCCACCCCCGAGAACAAAGGACGGCUACUUACUAGUCAAUUACCCGUUCGCAACAAUGUUGCAACGGGUAAUUGAGGACACACUUCACACAGGGGAGGUCUGGUUGUUCGGUAUUUUCAUUCGAAUAAACUAAGGGAAUGAAACUACCGAACAAUCAGAGGAAUACAAUUCUUUUAAAACACAUAAAAAACUAGCAGAUCACACGAAUGCAGUUAUUUCAAAGACAUUUGCAGGACAGCCCCGUGCCAUCCGCUACACCAGGGAUUUCUGCCUGCUAGUAAGAUGAUAAGGAGACAAAUUGACAAUGUGAGUGCUAGGGGACAGUCCUUAGAAAGCGUGGAGUAGGCGCAUCAUUUGAUACAUUUAUGUCGAGCUCAGGGUGCUGCCUGCAUAGUAUGCCCUUAGUUGGACAGCCUGCAUGAUUGGCAGGCAGUCUGACAUGCAUUCAUGCCAGACUGGCCUUCCAAUUCUUUGGACAAACAUGCCCCCUUUUUGGGCAUGUUCACCCCUUUUGGCAGGUCUGGUCACUUGAUUCGCGCCAGUGGUACACUCUUUUACCCUGCACAUUGACUUCCUGCUUCACUGGACACUACUGUUAGGGGUUAUGGAUUUACUUGAAAGAUGAAAGCAUAAAUUAGAGAGAGAUUAACAUAGAGUAUGUGUUUUUGCAUAGCUGCAUCCUUUCCCUCCAACACCAUCUCCAUCAGAUACAUCAGACCAUUUUAGUGUUUUUGGUCGAUAGGAUUCUGUAAUUAGGCCCAUCAUGAUUGCCAGCACCAGGCCCACUGGGCUCUUAAUCUGGCCCUGUGAGGUACAGUUGGCUAUCUCCAGGUUUUGACCAAUUCUGAGGUAUGAUUAUGAUCUCAAGGACAUUACCUCUGAAUAUUAAUCUACCACAUCACGAAGAGGCAGAAGCUUGGGAGAUGUAUUGGUACAAAGUCCUCUUUCCUUCGUUCAUUCAUCUAUAACGACCUCUUGGUUAUCAGUAACCGAGGUUAUCUUCACGUGUGAGCAUUGUAAAGCCUGUCAAUGCAUAACUGUUUUGAACAGACAUACAUUUAAAAAAAUUAGACCAAUAAGUUUGUCACUUCAUUUCAAUGAGGUUGUUAUGGUGCCUUGCUUUAAAAGUAUCUGCAUUGGGCCAAGUGUUUUUCAAUAGAAUACGUUUUUACUAGUGUAACUGUUACAUUUUCAAUGUAUUACUUUUAUAACAUACAUUGUUGCACUUGAUCAGUAUCCAGUUUUAAUAUUCAAUCUCUCACAGAACUCUGUGAUCUCAUAUCUACUUUGGUUAUUAUUUUUUUAUUUUUUUUUAACACUCUCUGACUAGCGUUAUGGAAUUAAAGGGACACUGUAGGCACCCAGACCACUUCAGCUAAUUGAAGUUGUCUGGGUGCGGUGACUCUUGCACUUUUUGAAAUGUUUACGUUGCAGCACUAAGUCUGCCCUCUGUGGCGUUAUAUUUUCCCCAUAGAAAAGCAUUGAAUAAUGGAUAAUGCUUUCCUAUGGGGAGGUCUAAUGUGCGCACGCCAUUACUGACAUCUGCCGGGGAGGUGCAUGGGUGGAGCCUGAUCCAGCGCUGAGUGACAUCGACGCUGGAUUCAGGUAAGUGGCUGAAGGGAUUUUAACCCCUUCAGCCCCACGGUAGGGGACCUAUUAACCCUAGAGUGCCAGAAAAACUGAUUUGUUUUCCUGGCACUGUAAGAUCCCUUUAACGCUAACAAUUUGGAGGCACAGUUAUACUAUUACUAGUUCAGUAUUCAAGUUACAAAAUCCUAAUAUAUGCGACCAAAUCCAUAAUAAUUCUGUUUUUUAUUGCAUAUAUUAUUAUAUAGAUUUUUUGUUAAGUAAGGACCCGUUUACGUUUUCUAAAUAAUGGAAUUUUUUUACAUAUUUCAAUGAUUAAACAUUUUUUAUGUUUUUUAUUAUUUUUUUUCUCUUUCUGCCUUUUAGGUGAUCGAAUAAACUUUUAACAGUUUAACGAAUAAGCAAUUUAAUGUUGUGGUUGUGUCACUCUCUGCUUUUAUUGCCUUCAGUACUAGAGCUUGUCUAACUUGGUGUUUGAAACCAAUCCAACCAAUCCUAUUUUCUCUCAACAGACGGCAAAACUUCAAAGGUGGUGUACAUUGAUUCACCUCUUCCCAAGAAGGAGAUGAGUAUCCGGGAGAAGAGUCAGAUGUUUCACGAGGUUUCCUUAGACCUAUUCAUGACAAAGAAAACAAAAGUUUUAUUGGAUCUCAUGCACUUUGAUAAAGAAAGUGAGAGCACCAACGUAAGUAUGCUGUGUUUUAUGUAGAGCUUAAUUGGCAUCUAAGAUUUACUAUUAAAAACUACCCCACCCCCUCUCCUACACACACACACAAGCACACAACACACACACCCUCUUUCUCUCUCAAAUGAAUUGGUAAUCGGGCUGAUACUGAAGCGUACAUUGUUAGCAAUCCAGCGUUUGUUCUGCCAGUUUUCAAUAUGCAUUGUUUACGUGUGUGUGUGUGGUGGUUUUUGUUCUGUUAUUUUGUUUUUUUGUUGUUGUUUUUUUUUCUUCAAUUUGUCAUGACCAACAGAUUGGAAUGUACAAAGUAUCAAUAGAGGAAAAUCGGCACACAAUGACUGAAAACUCCUUCAGUGACUUACCUGAGACCCCCGCCGAUGUCCCGCGGUGGUUUCGGGUCGCCGCCGCUCCUCCCCUUCAUCGCGUCAGCCGGCAGGGGAGACUGAUCCCACCCGCUGGCUGAGGAGACCUAAUGUGCAUGCACGGCAAUGCCACGCAUGCGCAUUAGAGCUCUCCAUAGGAAAGUAUUGAAAAUGCUUUCCUAUGGGGAAUUGAGCGACGCUGGAGGUCCUCACAUAGCGUGAGGACGUCCAGCGACGCUCUAGCACAGAAAACCUGUGCUAUGAAGCAGGAAGUGCCCUCUAGUGGCGGUCUAGUAGACAGCCACUAGAGGAGGAGUUAACCUUGCAAGGUAAUGAUUGCAGAUUAUGAAAACUGCAAUAAUUGCAGUUGCAGGGUUAAGGGUAGUGGGAGUUGGCACCCAGACCACUCCAAUGGGAAUCAACACAGUAAAGGAGGAGACUAUAUUUAAAAGAAGAAAACCUACCACAACAAGAGGACACAGUCUUAUAUUAGAGGGACAAAGGUUUAAAAAUAAUAUCAGGAAGUAUUAUUUUACUGAGAGUGUAGUGGAUGCAUGGAAUAGCCUUCCAGCUGAAGUGGUAGAGGUUAACACAGUAAAGGAGUUUAAGCAUGCGGGGGAUAGGCAUAAGGCUACUAUAAGAUAAGGCCAGGGACUAAUGAAAGUGUGGCAAACCUAGCCACUUUAGGUCAUACUGCUUAACAUCUGAAGGUUUUCUUUAAAAAGCUGUGUUAAUUCUGUGUAUGGAUGUAUUUGUGUAUUUCUGUAGUAGAGAGCAGUCAUAUGCUAACAGCCGAAAGCUGCUAGCAUUCAUAUGGUAGUUUCACGAACAUUGACUUUAUACACUGUUCGUGAAACUAAUAAAAUACCGAAUGGGAGCCCACACACAGAGGGUCGUGUGGCUCCCAUUAACCGAUUGCAACAUUGUAGCAAUCGGCGGAUAAUUGCUUUCCUGGGUGGCCGUCGUUCGGCUACCGACCACGCGGCGGUCGGCCAUCUUGGAUCCUCUGUUAUCCCAGCGGUGUUUGGUCGUCGAGCGCCUGGAACUAAAAUUGGCUACUCGACGGCGCGAACACCGCUGGACUUCCAGGCCGUUCAGGAGCACCAGUCCUUCAGUACUUUAUUCCCCCAUGUGUAUUCGGUAUUUUUAAGGUGAAUUUUAUAUAACGUGUGUUUCGUGCGGCGUUCGGUUAUUUAUGCUGGGAUCUGAGCGGUACUUUCACAAAGUGUGCGCUCAGACCCCAGCUAUCUACCGAACGGUCAUUCGGUAUAAUCCUAUGUAUAAUAUUAAAGUUAUGCAUUUUCGUGUAAAAAGUCGGUUCUGUUGUACGGAGGGAUAAUCCACUUAACAGGGUAUUCUAGUGGGAGUAUCCCUCUCGUACAGCAGUGCAUGGUGGGAGAAAUGCCCUGUAUAUUCAGUUCCCCAUGUAGUCCUCUACUGUAUAACCCCUGUAAAGUGACUAAGGAAACCCCUUGCAUGGGGAAUCACAUAAAUACUGGAGCUGUGAGUAAAAUUGUCAGUUGACUCCCAGAACUGGGUUUCUUCCGGUUACUGGGGGAUUUGGGAUAUUGCCUUCAUGUCCAGCGCUUUACUUGGAUCACUUUCUGUACCAGCGGAGAGAUUGGGAUUUAACAUUGCAGCUCCGCUACAGAAAGUAUUUAGAAAAUUGGGCAGACUACAUGGGCCAAAUGGUUCUUAUCUGCCGUCACAUUCUAUGUUUCUAAGUGGUCUGGGUGCAUGGAGUGUCCCUUCAAGGAGAUCUGCACUGCACAAGCAGUCUUUAAAGUCCAUUCAAACUUACUAGUGAAUUUGCAGUACUUUGACCAUGUGUCCGAUACGUUGUGAAAUGAAGAGAGGUAAUAUUAUGAAGCAUUGCAUUUAAUUGAAUGUGAUGUUUUAAUGCCGUCUUUCAUGCCUCAACAUGUUUUGAUGGGUUUAGUUGUAAUCAAAAAGCAGAGAGACCCUUUUUCUGAAAGCAGUUUGCUGUUAAUUGAGCUGUCACGUACGUGUCAUUCUAGCUCUCUUAUUGUCCUUUAUAUCAUCAAUGGUUUGAAAAAUGAGUAUUUCAUAAAUCUAGAAUCUUUAUAAAAAUCUCAUAUUGACAGUAUAAGAGAGAUACUGAGACAGAGUAGGGACUACUUUGUCGCUGUAUAUUUCCUCUUGACACUUGUAGACACUUGGCGGAGCUACCACUGUCUAGAAGUGUCAAUCCCCAGCCGUCACCAGUGAUGGCUACACGGAAUUGAUUCUGCCUAUGGAGGAUCUCACAGUCUCACCUUAACCUGCCUCCUUCCCUGCCACAAGACCCCCAGCAGUGAUGUCACCAUCAAGGGUCUUUGCGAAUUCUACAAAGUCCCCAGACAGUGACAGUGCCUCUUUAAAUGUAAUUGUGGAAUUUUGAACAUAUUCUAAAAUAACCAAACAAUGUAGCUUAAUUUGUUAGAAAGGCAAGAAGUUUACUCUCUUUUACAAACUCUGAAAGAGCCAGGCUGGUGUCCAGUGUUAUGGAGGAUAGAAAUGUAGUCCAAGAAUAGGUGGUAGUUGAUCAGAAGUACUAUAUAGAUGAUUGAGAAGCAGAUAGCCUAUGAUUAAGCCCCGUUUGAGAUGAAAUGUAAGAUAUGAUCAUUUCACUAUAUUUAGUAGAUGUAUCUGAAACCACCCAUUUGCCCUCCACCCACCCCCCCAAGCUAUACUACUUCAUCUGCCAUAGAUUCACUGAGAUAGCUGAAAUAGCUAGGUGGCAAUUUGAGAAAUUGAUUUUAUGCGGAUGGGUGUGACUCUCUGAUAUCUAUGACAGAUUGUUGGCUAUAUCCAAGCAAGAUCAAUGUUUGGAAUCUGGGUUGAGCUGUAUAGAGGGGAAGAAACUCUGUACUAUGGGUUUAAACCACUAGAUGGCUCCUCUGAUAUACACUGAAUAUUUACCUUGCUCUCUUUAUUAACGUUUAUUGUAGCCAAUUCAUGAUUGUUUAUUUAUAAUUGCCAAUAAAUUAUAAUAUAUAUAUAUAUAUAUAUAUAUAUAUAUAUAUUAUAAUUUAUUUUAUUUUUAUUUUAUUUUUAUUUUUUUCAUAAAUGUUUUAUUUAGAUACAUUUCUUGGUAGUUAAGGUAGCAGGGUACAGAAUAAAGAAAAGACGUUAAGGGUAGUGAUAACAUCAUUAAAGUUGGGUAAUAACAAGGUGCAAUAAAAACCUUGUACAUUCAGUGAAAUAUACUGUUUCGGAGGAGACCCACAGCAUUUCAGCAUUGGUAUCAAUACAUUGUUAUUCGGAACCUCAGUGUGGUGAUAGAAUGACCUCCUGUUUAACGAGAGAAAAGCUAUGGGGAGGUACAGAGGUAGAAGCCACAAGGACUGACUACUUUUCUUUGUUAUUGCAAGCCAAGGGGGGCGGGUAUGCUUGACACGUCCGGGUCUUUCAGUAAGUUCCCGCAGCAGUCCGCCCAUGCGUUCAGAUUCAGUUCAGAUUUUUGUGCCUGGAGUUGAAAAGAAGGGCAUCUGCAGGUAGCCAGUGGAUGAGCAGGAUGCUCUGUGGUUUAGGCAGAUUGUGUGGCAAAGUGUCGGAGUGUGACAAGCUCCGCCCCUGCAGCCCCCUCCCCCAAUUUGUGGCUUUUUAAGGGUUAUACAUUGUGUACAGUGUAAAUGACAAGUGUCUGUUUUUUGGGGGGUUUUUCUUACUUUUUUUUUUUUUUUAAAGUAUUCCUUUUGAAUGUUUUAUUUUGAAUAACAAUUUAGAUUUACCUUGGUUGAUUGGCGUCCACUCUACAGUUCUUAUACAUAGGUUUAAUAACCCUCAGCAAUGUAAGGGUUAAUUAUGUGUCAGCUGGACAGCGCUUUCUAGUCGGCCGCUACAUUAAACAAGUUAAAAAAUUAAAAAAAUAAAGCCUCUGGGGGUCAGGUCUAUAUUAAUAUAAGGAAGAUUUAAAACCUCCCUCUGGCACCACAUGCCAUGCAACAGGUGGGAUCAUCUAUAAUAAAAGUUUAAAAAGUAGCUCUGCUAAAUAACAGGGGGAUGGACAGAUCAUAGUCCAGCUCCUGUGCCCCCAACCAUGGGCAAUGGGUAACAGACUUUAAAUAAGCCAGCAGUGGGGGCUAUUCAAUAAAAGAAAAGGGAAGGCACAUCCUAACCUCCCACACCCAUCUGUGGUCAGUGGGUGAUAGCCCUAAUUAUAAUAUACAAAGGGAUGGGCAAGGGUCCGCUGCCCCACUCAUGGACGGAAGAUCGCUGCUCCAAAUAAAUGGACGUGCCAUCCCAUAUUAUAAUUGAAUAAGCCUACCUACCACCCUCACCAAAAUAAUAAUGAGGGGUGGCGGGAGGAGGGGAGAGGGGCAAGUAAAGUAAAACCAUGCUUACCAUAAUUCUGUUUCUAAUCAAGACCAAAUUAAAAAAAUCCAUAACUCCUGACACAAAAAAUUGGAAAACCACACAAUAAAAUGAAUCUAUCUUCGCCCCCAUGAGUGCUCGCCAGAAACUGAGUUCUGCCCUUUAUAAAGGCUUUCCCACACUGUCCGCUAUUAUAUCGCGUUAGAAAAUUCCCCACUCGUGCAACAUCAGUAAGCGUACCCAGGUUGGAUGGUUUACAAGCUGGGAUUGAGGACCCGGCUUGUAAACUAUAGAAGGAUAAAGGGGCUGGACGUGGACAUGCCACUAGUUGGGAGGGAGGAGUGGACAAUGUCAAUUCCACACCUUCUUUCCUCCCCGAUUGUUUAAUUAUUUAAAACCCAUAUGUGGGGAUUGGAGGGGAUACUAGGGUGCCUUACAAGGUCCUCCUCCCGUUAACAUUAGGAAUCCCCCCCCUUCUUUUAUAAGCCGCUAGCUGUGGGUGAACAGUAAUCCAACACCCCCUUUUCUUUAACAGGCUCCAUCGCUCAGGACGGAGCCUUUCUAGCGAUAAUGGCUGCCCAGUCUCUAACCUUUUUGUAGGCAUGCAUGUGGUAGGUGGGGGCAUAUUAUAGUAUAGUAAUAUGGUGGGCUUUUUGACUAAUUAAUGUAACUAGCCAACGACUACAGGAUUAACCCUUGCACUGAUGAGGGUUUGUAACUACUUGUCUCCUGGCACUGCCAGCGGGCAAAUAGUUGAGAUUAUUUUAUAUCCGGGCCAGGGUUUGAAGCAUACCGUCUGGGUUUUAGCUGUCUGGCAGUGUUCGGCCCUGCUGAAAAUCAGGACCAGUUUCAGGUGCGUUUAGUGUGUAAAUUGCAAAGUCCAGAUAUUGUUGAAUAGCGUGAGCAGAAUCCACAUUUUGCAUUCCAAAAUGGCAAAAGCCCGAUGGUUUUGCCUCAUUUGGUACAGGGCUGAACUACAUAUUCUUUAACCACAGAGCUUCAUGAGAUAUGCACACCGCUUCUAUUGAACACCACCAGAGUGUCAGCAUUGGGUUAUGUGGACUCAGCAAAAACUACAGUUUUGAGGGGAAAAACAAACCCAACCCACUUGUCUGUAUAUGCUUGAUUUUGCACUGUGGUAUUCAGUAGCUGUUCUGAGAUCAGUGUACGAUAAAAUCUCAAUGCUAAAACAGAUUGGGUUUUUUCAAUUUUCUCCAACUAACCUCACUAUGUUGUGCUUUGCUAAUUCUCUAUAAUAGGUUGGUUGAAGUUUUCUUCUUAGCCCUAGUCAGGUUAGGUGACCUGAGACGUAGGUACCGUGUCAUCGAGCAUUGAGUACAAUAAAGGCAGUGGGACUUUGUAGAAGAGGCUGGGAUGUUGCAGUUUUAGGAAGAGUUUGUACUGCCUGUGUUUAAGGGAUACAGGAAAACAUUCAAGAAAAAUGUGUUUCAGGAAAAAUUACUGUUGGAAAUGAUUAGGUGUGGUUUGUUGGAAUUGGCACAGACUAGUUCUGGAUUAUUCUUUUAUAGUUGUGGAUGGCAAAUGAUAAUCUGAGAAAAUUCUACAUUAAAAUUGUGCUUCCUGUGUGUGUUUAACGGUCUCCUAGCUCCUGAUGGACACCAACCACUGUAGAAAGUACAGGGUGGGCCAAAAUUCAGAGUUGGAUUUGACACGGAAAUAACUUAUUUUUUAGUAGUUUUUGUUUUUAUGUAUUUAUUUAUUACUAGUAUUUAUAAAGCACCAACAGAUUCCGCAGGGCUGUACAAUUAGUGGAGAACAUACAAUAUACACAGACAAAUACAAGAGGCAAGAGAGCCCUGUCCCUUAGCUGAUAACUAGCCAUCAAAGCUAUUUUAUACAAAGUGCAUAGGUAGAUAGCCCAUGAAUUUAUAAGCGAAAGGAUACCGUGGGGAUUUGAGACAAAAGGUAGCAGGGGGAAUUUAGAGGUAAUGGCCAAAAGAGUUAACAGAGAGAAGCAGAUAUUGGUAAAUUGUAAAGGGAAUGAAGUGAGAAUCUCAAACAGCUGGAGGAGCAUUUUAUAUAUUUAGGGGGAACCUGGGUGGGUGGGAAGUGGUGAGGAAAAAAAAUAAAUAAAAAAUGCAGAGCAUCACAAUCACUGUUCCUAUCAGUGAGUAUGAGUGUGAUAUGAGGCCUGAAGAACAGAGAUGGAGGUAUUUACAGCCAGGAGGAGCAUAGGGGAGGGAAGGGGUAGAGUAGCAAUGUGUUGAAAUGUUUUGCAACCAAAUUCUAUCACCCAAAAUAUUAAUAACUGUGUACAUGAAAUAUUGGUCAGAAACAUUAAACGACAAUGAUAAAAACUGCAUGCACAGAAAAUUACAGUGGCAAACUACAGGUAUAAUUGGAAACCUUUCUAUAGUAACAUAGUAGCAAUGUAAGCAUAAAUGAGGUGAAAUAUCUUCCAAGCUACAGUCAGUACCAUGGCGCUGUGGGAGUUGCUGCAGGAUGUUAAAUGCAGAGCAUCACAAUCACUGUUCCUAUGAGUGAGUAUGAGUGUGAGAUGAAGCCUGAAGAACAGAGAUGGACAUAGAACAGUUAUAUGAAGGUAUUAGAUAUUAUAACUGAGUCUUGGGAGAUUCAUCAUGGGUAGUUUCGCAGAGAAACAAGUAAGAAUAGUGGAAUUUUGUUUUCAAAACUGAGAGCUGGUAAUUUCAAGAAAUUCCCAGAUUAAUUAGCCACCAGUAUCGCCUGACCUUUCAGCUACUGAUUACUUCCUGUGAGUAUAUCUGAAGGGGCGGGUGUGAGGAUAUCUGAAGGAGUGGAGGGGUGUACGUGACUAAACCGUGUACACGAGAGCAGCUCAAGGAGAAUAUCCGUGUAGAAAUUCGAGCGCUAGAGCCUCAAACAGUAACUAAUGUUAUAAACAGUGCAGUCGAAAGAGCCCAACUUUGUGAGGUGGAAAAUGGAGCUCAUUUAAAAGAUGGCAUCUUCCGUACCUAGUCAAACAAAUCUCUGUAUGCUAAGCUUUCACUGUAUGCAAUAUCAUUAAAAUGGGUUCAUUAAUAAAAAGUUAUUGACUCCUCAAGCCCUACUCUAAAUUUUGGCCCACCCUAUAUAUAGGAAGAAUAAGAGGACCAAUAUAUCUGUAUAUGGAGGCCAUGAGACACUGACACGGAUGACGGGAGAUGUAGGGAAGGAGUGGAAUCGCAGAUUAACAUAUAACUAAAUAGCUGUUUGUAUUAGUUCUUUUACAUUCAGUGCUUGCAGGGCCAAGGGUGAAUGUCUACUUGCCAUGGCUAAAUAUUCACUCUCAAAUGGCUUGUGCUGAGUGGAAACUGAGAGCCCAGCUCUCCUUUCUGAUACUCUUAUUUUUAUUUUCCCUGAAGUAAUCAAAUGCAGCUUUCUGGCCUUUAAUUGAACUGAAACCAUCCAUUCACACUAUUCAUUUUGUAGCACACCUUUUGCAGUUUUCCAGUUCCAUAAUAUCCUGAGUUUAAUGGCUGCUGACUGACAUUCUACAUGAUUGCCAGUCAUGUUUAUUAUUUGUCACAUCCUUCUCAGUUACAGAUACCAUGUUGUCCCCUACUUCAGUGUUUGUCAAAAGCAAAUUAGAUGCAGAUGCAAAAAACAAAUAUAUUCUAGUUGGAGCCUCUAGAGAUUGAGACCUGGAGAAAACGUCCUUCCUUAAGUUGAUCUAAUGGUUCCUAAAUCCCAAUCAUUAACAUUUCCCAGGGUCUUGCUUACUCAUGUCAUUUUUUUUGUUCCUUCCUAUUAUUCUUAAUUUAAGUUGUUUUUUUUUUUUUUUUUUUUCACUAAAGUGUGAAUGUUGAGAAUUGUCAAGUCAAGAAAAAUUAGUGUAAUUCAAAGUGAAUUUAAAAACGUAGGCCAAAGUAGCCAAUUUAGAAAAAUUAAGAAAGUCAGCUCUAUCAUGACCCAAUAUUUGAAAUAAAUUAUCUUUGAAUUCCUAAAGAAUCCCGUGUAGGUAGUUGUGCAAUUUUUAUUUAUUUAUUUUUUUCUGUAUGUUUUUAGAUGGGAUUUCCUCCCCCUAGAGUGCACAAGGUGCUUUACGUCCAGUUACUCAAAACCGCAGCUGAUUUGGCAGUUGUUACUAUUUCUGCUACUCCUUUUACCAACUUCAGAACAUUAAACUGCUACGAUGACACUGCUGGAUACAUAAGCAGUGACGCCAAGUAUGGUGCAUUAACCACUAGGCUAUCUCACUAGCUUAACAUGAAUAGCACUGGACAAUAGCACAAGUAAAAAAGAAAAGAAAAAUAUUGUAAAAGAAUGUAAAAAAAUACUUUACCGUUGCAGUGGAAUUGCGAAAGGAUCAAUCAUUUUUAGGUUCCUUUUUCAAUAGGGAGAAUAAAUCCUGCUCCUGCCAGACUUGCUUAUUUCCCCAGCUUCUACCUUUUUUUAAAAUAUUUUUAUUAUUUUAUUACAUUAUAUAGAUAUAAAACUGAUAACUGUGAAGUAGUUUUUUCAACUGUUUAUAGGAAUGCUCUUUUUGUUGGAUUUUGCUCAUUGGCUCUUUUUUUUUUUUUUUCCUCUUUCCACCUUGUCUAUCUUGUUUCCUCCCCUCAUUUCUGUACCCACUCUCCUUCUCCGACCAUAACAUUUUAGACUUGCAACGAGGACAGUUUUUCCAGAACGCAGAAUACAAGUGACAACAUGGAAUUGGAUUUUGAAAAUGAUGUGACUGAGCUGGAAACCUUUGGAACCAAUAAUAUUUCUUACAGAGCAUCUCAACCUGUGGAAUCUGAGCCUACUCCUAAACCCAUCUCAAUCUCUCUAGAGAAGUCCCUCAUGAACAAAUUAAUGAUGGAGAAACAAAUUAUCCAUAGUACCAAUCAAGAAAAUAAAGAUGAUAAAGAGAGAGUAAUUCCUGAGAAUAAAACUAACUCUGCUAUUAAUUUCCUCUGGUCAGAUUCAGAAGAUACAUCUUCUUUUAAAGGAUUUGAGUCCGAUGAGCUCAAGGACUCUAAGAGAAAGAGGGAGAAGGAUGGAGAAGAUUCAUGCUCGGAUGAGGGGAGCACAGAAGAGCAGACCUUUAAUUCAAAAUCUGAUAUCUCUUUGGAAACUGAAGAGCAAUCCUACACAAAGGGCCAGAUCUGCAGUGACUCUGAAGAUGAGCAACUUGUCAUUGAUGUUGGUGAUGAAAAUAAAAUGGAUUGUAGCAAAACGCUUAAUUCUUAUUCAGAGAACAGUGUUCUGACAUCUCCACCCCACUCUCACGUGCAAGAAUCCCAGAAGCUCCCCAAGCAAUCUGCCAGGAGACUUUCCAAAGAGUUUGAUCCUGUGGGUCAAAUACUGAAGAUGCAGACCCAGCUCCUUAAACCAGGGGCAAAAAAGAUGCAAGAACCCAAUGCACUAAACCAAGAGAGAAGUGGGCAGUUGCCUGCGGCAUUGCCCAUCAUCAACUCCGUGGCAGAACCAGUUGAAGACACUCCUAAGAAGACAUUGCAUGUUCCACCAGAUCGAAAGCGUAAGUGCCAUCGCCAAGCCUGGUUGGGCUACUGUGUAUUAAAACCCACUUGAUUUGACAGCAAAUUUGAUACAUGACCCUCAUUUUAGUUUUGCUGCUACAUGAUAUAUUUAACAAAAAAAUAAAAGGCUAUAUUUUACAAUUGGCUAAUAUGUGAACAAUUCUUUCAAGCGAACUCUUAUUUACAAUGAGUCUUGCGUUUAAUUUGUUGCUUUAGAAUGACCUUGGGAUCUGCUAACACCUACUCUAUAUCAUUUUGCUCUAGCCUUACUUCCCACUGAUCUGCUAACGUCCAAAGACGAUCCGACUGAGUACACAUGUCAGCCAGAUGAUAAUUGUACGUACAAAUUGUUCAGCCUUGAUGACAUGCUUUUGCUUAUACGGAGUAGAAUUCACAGAGCCUCUAAUCGAGUACGGACUCAAGCCAAAGCCAUCCGAAAGGUAGGAUUUUCACUCUACAAUGACAAAUGUUUUAUAGACUUGACGAACAAGUAUAUAUUAAAAUGUUCUCUGCAGAAUCAAGUGUCCACCAAACAGACUGUGAUUAGAAGAGCAUUGAGGUCGAAUUAUUGUCUGUAUAAAUAAUGCAACCUUGUUUUCUUGCCUACAUUACAGCAGGCAAGAGUUUAAUUCCUAGCUCAAUAAAUCCACUGCACCAUGUAACACAAAAGUGAGACUUUCCAGAGAGAUUUUGUGUUGCGUGUAUAUUUGUGAGAGUGAUUGGCUACCUCUGACUAUGGCUAGUUUGGUAUGUCCAUGUGAUCAUGGAUAAUGCGAUACAUUGUGUUUGAUUAAUUAGAUAUAUGUGAGAGUGUCUUAGGCAUCUAUUUACUCUGCUCUUUAAUUUGUCAUCUUGGAAAUCUUAAUUUGCAGUUGACACUUUUGAACGCCUGUGAUAUAGCGCCAUAUUCUAUAAAUAUUAAUGAGCUGCCCUAAGUUUGGUGCUCAGGAAACGCCCAAACACCCUUCGGUCCUCUUUUUAUGCAAUACUAAAUUGAUAAAAUAGGCAUGGGAGGAACAAUGCUUAUCUAUACAGCUUCUCAUGAAGGAAGAAGUGGCUCAGAAUUCUCAAAAAAUCCCUGCCUUCCCCCUCUUUUUUGGGGAAGAAGCGGGUAUUGCUCACAAACCCCUUCACAGAUGAGGUUUGUAGGAUACCACUAUAUGACACCACUGUGUAUACUUAUGCAUCACCACUCAUGUUGUGUUUAUUUGUUGUUUUUUUUUUAACACCAUCAAGAGCUGCAAAAGAGCGUGCUAUAGGUAUUGGAUUCUACAUACAGCCAGGGGCAGUCCUAAAACACUCAUUAGGUAACCACACUAUCCUUGAGAGAAGGCUAGAUUACUGGACACUAGAUUUUUUUUUUUUUUCUGAAAGGUAAAGGUCAGGGAAGAUUCCUGUAUAAUUUAGGUGCGUGGACUGGACACUGUUUUUCCCAGUCCAGCACCAGUCCUGGCACUAUUAAUGAGUCCCUUGCUCUAAGGAUGUUUUAGCACAUGGAUAUUCCUAGCUCGUUAUUUAAUAUAAAUCUCUGUCAUGGGGAUGGAGUGGGUAACUGCCAGCUGCUCUCCUUUUUAUAUAUUGCCCUCUCACCCAUGCACAUGUGGUCAGAGAAGGACAGGGUGUGAGCAAUUCUAUCCUUGUGAUUGGAGGAUAUGAUGGGGCAUUGUAGGUUCCAUGGUGUCCUGGUAACAUAGUAAUAGUUUAUUGGAAACCGAUAAUUUUCCAGAUGUGGGCUAACAUGCGCGCGCACACACAUUUUCUGUUUAUAUUUACCUAAUUAUUUACUAAUUAAAUUUAUUUCUAGUAGCCUAACCUACGUAUCCUACGUCUUAGUGCUUAUGAUUGAAACUCUGUCUUGUUUCAGCACCUCCCUAUCCUUAUCUUGGCAAAGAUGGACUAUCAGUACUGUUACGGUGUCGAGAGACUGACAGAGAGUGAGGUUUGUCGUCUGUGGACUGAGAGCGUCCUGAACUCAGGGAGCUUGCUUUAUGUUGGUGAGUGACCCAUUCCUAACUUUGUGAUCUCAUUAUGCCAUAGAUGAAAAAAAUAAUUGCAGCGCACUCAGACUACAAAAAAUACAACACAAAGAAGGCUUCUAAAUUGCCUAUCAAAGAAUAAAUAUGGGGAUUUGGUUGGUGUGGUGUGUGGUGUGUGGGGAGAGGGUGUGGUGUGGUGUGGUGUGGGGGGGUGCUGUAGGUAGCAAAUGUAUUAUUAAAAUCUUUAUUUUACCUACCUUCUUCUUACCUUUGGUGAAGGAGGGGGAGACUCAGCCAGCCCUGGUGGUCAGGUGGUGGUAAGUAUGUAGGACGGGUUCUGGCUGCAGCUCUCCUGUCCUCCCACACGCAAAAUGCUGUGGCACGUUGCCAUGGUAACGCACGGCAACGUUCCACACAGCCUGCUCGCGGGAGGACAGGAGAGCUGCUUCCCAAAUCCCUCCUCCUGCUUCCGGGUCCUGCCGACACAAAAGCAGAGUAGGCGCCUGCCGUUUUGUUUUUUUUUGUUUUUUUUUAAAGCAAAAAAUGCCCACUUUUUAAUAAACGUCUUCAGAUAAGGUGGAUGACAUAGCAAGUCAAGUGAGAAUUCAUGAAUAUCAACAGAAAUCUAGAAUAUCAAAAACAAAUUCAAAUGAAAUAAAAAGGCAUGCAAAUGUUCAGGUGUUGGCAACCUGACGAAGGUGAAGGUCAUUACACCGAAACGCGCGUCGGGUUAUUUCUCUGAUUUUAAUAUUCUCCCCAAUGGAGCACUAUACACUAUGCACCUUACGGGUACUUAGUACCCCUUAUUAGAUAUUUCUCUUUUUUUGUUCUUUUACUGAUAGUUGAUGUACUGGAUGGCUGAGCAUACUGGGAGUAAUAAACCAUAGAGGGAGCAUUAGAAUAGAACACCCUCAAAGGUGUUUUUCCAGGAGACUUAGGGAUUAAUAGCAGUAUUCAGUAGUCACUCGAGUAAUUGUAUGGAAGCCACCCUCUUUUCUUUUCUCUUUUUACUUUCCUUCUAUUUAUAUUGAAAGUGGGAAGGUUCCCUGCUAAUAUCCUAAUUAUAGGUGUUAAUUAAGGCAUUUGUUUUUGGUUUCUCCCUAAGGGAUAAGAGAAAACAUUAUAGAAGCACUGAUACUGCAUAUACUACCCUGUUGUAGCAACUCCUGUCACAUCACCUAAUUACUACUCAUGUUGCUGCUCUGUCUUUGCAUGUAGCCACAGGAGGAUACAGCCUAUAUUUACCAUUUAGUGGAUCUACCCCUAUCCUAUAUAUAUAUAUAUCUCCCUAGUAUUUGAUCUUAGAAGCCUAAUAAGUUGUAACCCAACCAUGUAUAUUUCUUUAUCGCUGUCUGAGACCAUUUGAUGGGGAAAGAGUAGGCAGAGGCUUUCUAUUAUAUUUUUGUUUGCCACCCAAUGAUAGAUCACAUUGUAUCCUAUUGUAUAGAAUCAUAUAAAGUUAUUAAUUUUUUGGAUACAUGUGACAAUAUCUUGAACUGCGGGACAUCAGACCUCCUCCUAUACAGUAUAGAACUUGGAGGGAAGCUUUUUUAGCUGUCAAGUAUUUCAUUUUGGUGCUAUUGAUGCACAUAUAUCAUUAAGUCUCCCCCUUGUGGGGGCCACACUCUCCUCAUUUUCAAUUGUGUUGGCAACCUGGCAUCAUGGGAGAUGUAGUCCACAAACUCUGGAGUGACCUUAACCAUUUGCAUAUCAUACUGAUCCCACCCAUCAGGGCAGUCCAGAAGUGAAAUGCCAGCAAGUUCUUUGUGCACGAGAGAUACAGCAGAUCAUUUCUGCCUUCUUUGGGUCUCGUCAGCGAGGUGUAGUUGAUACCCCUCUGGGCAGAGUAAGCAUGGGUUCCACGUCUGUAUCUAUCAUGUAGAGAGAACUUGCCGGCAUUACAGUGCCUGACUGCCCUUAUGUGUGGGAUCCGUUUGAUACGCAAAUCGUAUAGGUUCUCUUUGUAAUGGCACAAGUGAGAAAACACAUUUUUGGGCACUGAGAUGGGACUAACUGAAGGGCAAGCUAGGCUUCUGGCAAGAGAUCUGCAACUUUUACACAAUGUUUUUAGAUCUACCUGCAAUUAAACCGUGCAUAAAUAAAUGCAUUCAUGUUUUCAUUUGGGGUAUAUCUACUAAACAAGCACUUUUUUUUUUUUGGGGGGGCAGUGGAGUGUCCCUUUACUGGUAAAUGUGGCUUUGGGGACCUCACUGUACCAAUUUUAUGUAUUAUCAAUAGUUUCCAGGGCUUACUGUGUUCCUUUAACCCCUUAAAGGACCACUAUAGGCACCCAGACCACUUCAGCUUAAUGAAGUGGUCUGGGUGUCUGGUCCAUCUAGGAUUAAUCCUUUCUGCUGUAAACAUAGCAGUUUCAGAGAAACUGCUAUGUUUACCUUAGGGUUAAUCCAGCUUCUAGUGGCUGUCUCAUUGACAGCCGCUAGAGGUGCUUCCAUGUUUCUCACUGUGAUUUUCACAGUGAGAGCACGCCAGCGUCCAUAGGAAAGCAUUGAGAAUGUUUUCCUAUGGACUGGCUGAAUGCGCGCACGGCUCUUGCUGCACAUGCGCUUUCAACCGAAGAGGAGGAGAGCUCCCCGCCCGGCACUGGAGAAAGAGGUAAGUUUAACCCCUUCCUCCCCCAGAGCCCGGUGGGAGGGGGUCCCUAAGGGUGGGGGCACCCUCAGGGCACUAUAGUGCCAGGAAAACGAGUAGUGGUCCUUUAAGGACGCAGGACGUUCUAUGCCGUCCUUAAGGGGGUGGCUCUAAAUACCGCAGGAUCGCAUAGAACGUCCUGGGCGUCCUUGCCGCCCACGUGGCCGGCGGCAUUACCCUGCUGCAGAUCGAGGUCGGGGGGCAUGCCUGGCCCCCCAGGCAGUCCUUCUGCAGUCAGUGACCGCGAUCUGCAGAGUCUGAUCGCAGUGACAGGCUGUCUCUGCAAUCUGAUCGCAGAGACAGCCUCUCACUGCGAUCUGAUUGCAGUGACAGCCUGUCACUGCGAUUAGAGUUACUAUGUGUCAGCCUAUUGGCUGACACAUGUAACUACAGGCAGGAUCCCCCUGCAGAUCAUGGUGGGGGGCAUGCCUGGCCACCCAGGCACUCCCUCUGUGGCCAAUUACCGCGAUCUGCAGGAGGUGAUCACUGUGACAGCCAGUCACUGUGAUCACUGAUCCUGUGUGUCAGCCAGUGAUGUGAAAUCACUGGCUGACACUGUCUCUGUCCCUCUCCUCCCCUCUUAACCUCUUAGGUUAAAAAUAAAAUAAAUUAAAGUUACAAAUAAAAUAUACUUAGAUCAUAUAUAUGAUCGAAGUGUGUGUGUGUGUGUGUGUGUGUAUGUAUAUGUAAUAUAUAUAUAUAUAUAUAUAUAUAUAUAUAUAUAUAUAUAUAUAUAUAAUACACACACACAUUUACACAUACACUGUCUGUGUAUUUUAAUAUUAAUAUAUAUUAAUUAUAUACAAAUAUAUUAUCAAAACACUCGUAGAAUGAUAUUGAUAAAAUGUAUAUAUAUUUAUAUAUGAUAAAAUAUGUAAAUAUUAAAAAAUAAAUAAUAAAUAAAAAAUAUAUGUGUGUAAUUUCGUUCUAACUGUAUUUUGAUAUUACUAUAUAUAUAUAUAUAUAUAUAUAGAUAUCAAAUACACGUAAAACUAAAAUAUAUAUAUAUAUAUAUAUAUAUAUAUAUAUAUAUAUAUAUAUAUAUAUAUAUAUAUAUAUAUAUAUAUAUAUAUAUAAAUAAAAAUUAUUUAAAAAAAUGAUAUGUAUGUAUAUAUAUAUAUAUAUAUAUAUAUAUGUAUAUGUAUAUGUGUGUGUGUGUGAGAUAAUUUUACAGAAUUAGGUCCUUUUAUUAAUUACAAUUUGCGGGACCUGCCUGACAACCCAGGCCGAAAGUAUAGGGAAUUUUAUUUGAUAGCACUAUAUUUAACCCUAUAACUUUUUUUGCUCGGGAGACAUCGCUGAACACAAAUAUGUGUUUCAAAACCGUAAAAUGUAUUACAACGAUGAUAUUGUCAGUGAAAGUGAAGUUUUUUGCAUUUUUCACACACAAACUGCACUUACACUGACGAUAUCAUUGCUGUAAUACUUUUUACUGUUUUGAAACACAAAUAUUUGUGUUCAGCAAAGUCUCCUGAGUAUAACAGUACCCCUCAUGUACAGGCUUUAUGGUGUUUUCAAAAGUGAGUCAAAUAUAAGGCUUGCGUUUCAGUUUUUUCACAUUGAAAUUCGCCAGAUUGGUUACGUUGCCUUUGAGACCAUAUGUUAGUCCAGGAAUAAGAAUUACCCCCAUGAUGGCAUACCAUUUGCAAAAGUAGACAACCCAAGGUAUUGCAAAUGGGGUAUGUUCAGUGUUUUUUAGUAGCCACUUAGUCACAAACAAUGGCCAAAAUUGGCGUUCAAAUUAGUUUUUUGCAUUUUUCACACACAAAUAUUAACGUUAACUUUGGCUAGUGUUUGUGACCAAGUGGCUACUAAAAAAGACUGGACAUACCCCAUUUGCAAUACCUUGGGUUGUCUACUAUUGCAAAUGGUAUGCCAUCAUGGGGGUAAUUCUUAUUCCUGGACUACCAUAUGGUCUCAAAGGCAACGUAACCAAUCUGGCGAAUUUCAAUGUGAAAAAACUGAAAAGUGUAACAUGCUAUAUUUGACCCUGUAACUUCCCAAAACACCAUAAAACCUGCACAUUGGGGGUACUGUUUUACACGUGAGACAUCGCUGAAUACAAAUAUGUGUACUUUAUUGCAGUAAAAGCAAACCGUAUUUUCACAUUCACAGUUAAAAUGUCACGUAGAACUAAGAAAAUUGUAAAAAAUCUUAUUUUUUCAUAUUAAAUUAUGUUUCAUAGCUAAAUAUUUGAUGUUAAAUGAAAGCCCUGUUUCCCCUGAAUAAAAUUAUAUAUAAUAAGUGUGGGUGCAUUUAAUAUGAAAGAGGUGAAUUACGGUUGGACAGACAUGUAGCGCAAAUUCCAUGUUUUGAUCAGAACUUGUACAUUUGGCACAGUCCUUAAGGGGUUAAUGUGGUAGACCUCGCAAAAUGACGCAGUAAGAAACUGUUGGGUUUUCACUUAGUUGGUGUUCUUGGCGAUUGACAAUGGAAUUGCACAUUUAUAUCAAAAUAAAGGGGAAAAUUCCAUAAAAAUUUGCUACCCAUAUUUUUCCAAAUUUAGUGAAUAGUUGUCUGAGAAUAAAAUUCUUAUCAGUUUCAGACGGAACCCUUCAUCUCUGAUUUGUUCCUUAACUUUUAAAGUCAAACAAAAAGUUCUCUGUUAAUUGUUUCAAAGGGUGGGACUGAUUUCUGGGCACCCUCUCGGGGUAGAGCAUGUGUGGUCUAGAUCUUUGUGUGUGAACAACCUGUCAGUGCAAGCCGCCUUAACACUUGCUGACUUUACAGGUUUUAGGAUUUCAAGGGCUUCAGAAGAGAAAAAGAUCAUUGUUUGUUUUUUGUUUUUUUUUGUUUGUUUUUUACACCUUAAUUAAUUAACUACUUAGAAAUAGAAUUUUCAGUUUAAAUGUAGUAGGGUUACUCCAAGCAACAUAACCAUGUCAGUGAUUUGAAGUGGUCAUGGUGCCUGGAGUCUGGAUGUGCAGCAUUUUGCUAUGAAAAGCUGCACAAAUAGAGUUUAACCUCCCUGCUGCCAAAGGUGCAACUCCACCUGGAACUAUGUCAUCGGGACAUCACUAGCUAGCCCGGAACAAUGUUUCUGGGAUGGCUAUUGUGAAUUAUGUGCAAAUUUGGCAUCUGACGCCAGCACGCACAGCAUGGCAGCACCAAAUAGCCAAUGGCUGCACUUACACCCCCUCUGUUGCCCAGAUGACCCUGCCACAUGGGGAGUUACAGCUCUAGCAGAAAAGGAGUUAAACCCUAUUUAGACUCCAGGCACCAUGACCACUUCAAAUCACCGAGGUGAUUUUCUUUUUAAUAACAUAACUCCACAAUGGAAUGCACAAUCUCGUAUUCAUAGUUUCAGUGAUGUCACCUGUCAUAUCACAGAGCUUGCAUUUUUGAUGCUUUCUGGACCGGUUGAUCUUCUAAAUCCGUUGACAGAACUUUCUUUAAUUUUUAGCUGCAUUAUUUCUCUGCCCACUUAGGGAAUACGAGAGGACACCACUUCUAAUACUGUGUGAGUCACACCAUAGCAACCGCACACACUCAUCCGGUUCACCCAUCUCUCCUCCUACCUUGAUUUCCUGUUCUGGGAAGAAAUGUCUGUUUUUGUUUCCCGUUGUCAUGGCUGUGCCCCUCCCUGCUACUCCCUCGCUCAUUGAAUAUCUUUUGUGUGCAGUUUGUGGAGAAAGAGGGAUACAAUUAACCAAUUCAUGGAGAGAGUUCAGCAACAUGCUGGCAACUACCCUGUAUUUAAAGAUUAACUGGAAAUGAUUCACUGUUACAAUUCGCGCCAUGGCUGUACAUAUUCAGCUUGCUCCUGUAUUUUAUACUGUCCUUUAUUUCCAAUUUUAACACCUGAUUCAGUGCAAUUUAUAGUGCUAAAAUAAUGGCUUAGAAAUACAGCAAAAUUCAAGGGCUGAAUCCACAGCGUGAUAUUGCCACGGUGCUGGUGAAAUCCUCUUUGUGUUUUUUUUUUUUUUGUUUUUUUUUACCGAAUUUUGGAAAAAUGAUUAAUAGAUAAUGCAGCACUUUUUAUUUUAUUAUUUUGUGUCCUUUGUUUUCAUUUUCUUCAGCAUCGCAGAUCUAAUAUAGCACUAAGGUGUCAAGAAGCAAAACUAUUCCAUGCCUCUGUAACUAACUCUGUAACAUAAAUAUCAUCAGAAAAUGUGAAAGUCGGUGCGACUGAUGACUGACUACCUGCAAUACGCACGCUGUUAGUUUAAAUAGGAGAUAAAAUCAAGAAUUAAAACGUGAAUCUUGCUGCCAGGAUGCUCAAAACGUAUGGUUUGUCUGACAAACCUGCUUUGGCUAUGAUGUCCUUUCUUCAAUAGGGACACAGGGUUAUUUGCCAAAAGUGUAAAUUUCACAUGUUACGCCCAAAUCGCUGAGCUGGCUGGGAUAAUUUUUUUCCACUUCAGCUGAUGUGGAAUAAAAUUAAAAAUGUACUUGAAAUUCUGGAUAAUUCAUGCUUUAGUGCAUAAACCUGACAAUUUUGUCAUUUAAAAAAAUGGUGCAAAUUUCUAUAUAGGAGAUAUCACAAUGGAAACAGUUUUUAUGGCACGUUCUCUCCAACGUUUGCAGCACCGCCGCCUUUGUUGUAGAAAUAACUGCUAAUAAUCCUGAUGAGGUGAUUUUGGGAGGCAAGUGGGGUGACUGCAGUACUUGGCGAGUUGGAUCUGUCCUGUUCAGAAACAGAAAUGUUUGAAGCAGAUGUAUGCUUGUUCCUGCCAGCUCAGUCUGACUCACCCAUCAGACAGUUUGCAGCUGUCUGGGGAAGUACCAAUAGUACCACAGAUGUUUUGAAAUAGUUUAUAUUUGCUAGGGAAACCAAGGAAAGAAGGGUGGGGGUAUGAUGCAUCACAGUUUUAGCUAAAUAGCUCUUCAGUGAACUUUGACUUGGACUGUAAGGUUCUAUGCAAACCACUGACUCAGGAAAUCACAAUGAAUGGCAACCGGCAAGUGUUAGAGAAAAUAAAAACACAAGGUGUUUGAAGAAAUGGGUAUAGUCUGCAUGAUUCUAUUAUUCUUAUUACGGCUUAAUUCAAUAUGCAUCAAAUUGCAAAUGUUGGACUUAAAUAGCCAGGUUGUGAUUAUUGCAGCGAUUUCUCUUCCAAAUUGGCUUCUAAUUUAUUUUUUUGGUUUCAUUUCACCCCCCCUAUACAGUUUAAUAACUAUUGCCCUUGGUGUUAUGGCAACAAUGGAUUAAGAAUUCUGAAAACAGUCAGACGUGAUGUAAAGUUAAGGCAUUGCAGGCUUGGAAAAGUAGGAAAACCCAAACAUGUUGUGACAAAACUGCAGCUCUGCCACUAUGCAGAGGCAUUUUUUCUCACUUAAGACCUCGCACUCACUGAGUUUCCUCCUACCUUUUAUCAGGCACAACCCCAGAAACUGCCCAUACUCCAACCCACCUGGUGACCGAGCCUCACAGGGAAAGCCACUAGUCUCCCAGUCGUCACUCUGGCUGGCCUCUCCAUCGGAAAUUCACAUUACAAAUCUUAGGCCAAAAUAGACAAUUUGGAAACGUUCUCCAGCUUUUCAACUUUGCUAUUUCUUUUUCACUUGUUCACAAUUAACUGUAUAAUGAAUAAAAGCUAUAGUAUUAGUCACUGAACCAGGAAUUGUCUGGGUUUGACCAGGGAAUUGGAAGUUCUAGGCCAAAACUGUUCAACUUCUAUUUUCCCGUUUUAAACAACAUUUGACGUAAAAUAUCCAGAAAUCUACCUGGAAACCCUCCACCGCUUUGUCUUAGAACCGCCAAGCAGCCGCUGGGUCUGCUCUGUUUUUGUCUGAUAAAUCCAUAGGGAUGUCUGAAGGAGCAAAGGUUAAAUACCUAAAUAAAUAACCUUUUUUUUUUUGUCUGUACAGCUCACAUUGAUGCCUUGACGUCAAAAUUCUUUAUGUUGGAAGAAAUCUCUUCCGAGGCGCUUAAGGACAGACUCCAAAGCUUCAAGUAAGUGCAGCCAGAAACUGGGAUUGAGAGAUGUUGAGGCAAAACUGUCAUUCUGUAAAAAGCAAUUGACACACUUUUUGGGUUAAAUGAACAGCACACAGAGGUGAGUCUAAAACACACUAGUUUGCUCAGAAUUCCCAUAUUCAAUGCACUUCCACUGUUUAUUAAAAGACAUUCCACCUUCACCAGACAGUGACUUUCUUCAAUCAGGAGAGUCUCAUUCUGUACAGUCUAUUCUUAUCCCAUAAAUACCUGUCCAGCAGAUGUUUAUGGGAUAAGUUGUUCCCAAUAACAUGAGUAUAUUGAUGGCAACUGCUUUCUAUUUUCACGUAACACAGUUAACUGUUUAGUGGACAUGUACCUUACUCACAGUUCCUCCAAAUGAAUGGUUCAAACACAUCAGCAGGUAGUACCCGUUCCCCAGUGUAGUAUAUCAGGCAGGCAGUAAUUAUUCAUUAGUACCAAUUAGUCCCCAACAACUGUUUGAGGAAGCUUGAAUGUUAAAUGUGUCCAGGUUUCUUUUGGUUUUUAUAAAAAAACUGCCCAGCUCUCUCUCUGGGGAGGAGAGAGAACUCAGCUCAAGUUGUACAUGGACAAAAUUGAUAUCACUCUGAGUAUUCCAGGCUGAUUGACAGCUCUGAGGGAAUGAGUUGCAGCUACAGAGUUGUGUGUGCUUGUGUAUUUUUAAAAAAAAAAUUAUUUAUUUUUUACUCAAUUGUGCACAGUUGUUAUGAAACUUUGAAAGAACUUUUAAAACAAAAAAAAUUAAAAAACUUUUUUUAUUUUAUUUUAUUUUUCAAGUGAUAGUUCUGCUUGUAUAGUGAAUAGUUUGGCGAAAAGCUAUAUUUCUAAAAUAUAAACCGUAGCGUUUUGAAAAUAUAUGUUAUCAAACCGUUUCAACGGUUAUGAUUUAUCGGAAUGUUCCCUCUCUGUUCGGAUCCCAGUUUUAUUCAGGGGGAGCAUUAUUUCCAUAAAUGGUAGACAUUCUCUAUGGAAACCUGAUUUGCCAGCCCUUCAACCUCAAUAACAUUCUUGCAAGAUAAACUAAAAUAAAUUAAAUCCAUAUGAAACAGGAAUAGACUGUACGGCUAAAACUGCAUGUUUAAUUGCAAUGGGAAAACAUGAUUAUUGCACUAAUAAGCGGUUCUUUAGAUUGUUUGACUGAUGUACAGCUGUAGCCACAUGUUUUUUAGAAAUAUAUUACUUUCGUGGAGUACCCUAUGUAUUUAAUCAUCAGCAAGAUAACUAUUCUACCAGUAUUUUUCUAACCAUCUAAUCUGUAUAACUGUGAAACAGAUUACAACUUUUUAUAAGCAGGCUGGAGUUUCUGGUCCUGUUCUAUGACAUCUGCAUUGUGAGCAGUUAUUCCUCUAUAGAUCCCUGUAAUACAAAAAUCGUAUCUAAUGGCUAAAUUUAAGGUUAAUGUUCUAUUAUUUGUGAAAUACCUGUUCCCCUUUAGAGUGUAUAAUGUGUGUUUCAUUAUUUUUUUUUUUUAUAAUUCUUUAUUUUUGUUGCGCAUUUGUUUAACAUAGUCGCUUGAGAUGCCACAACAGCUGUCUCAGGCUUCAAACAGAAAACAUGAAUAAACAUUUGGCAUUGAAAUACUUUGCACAAUUUUAAAUUAGGAAAGUAAGUUCCCACGUUACAUCCUUCUAAUUAGAAUUAUCGCUAGAUCGCCAUAGUCUCCUGUUUGGAGGAAGAAAGUGUAUGGAUAUAGUGUAAUCUGUACAUCCAGUAUGUGUGUAGGGUUCUGAGUAGCUAUUCCUCCUCCCAUGUUAGUGAUUUGAAAUAUGUACUAUGGCGAUAAAUAAUUUUGCCCCACUCCUUGUUAGUGUGGCUCAGUUUGGGGGUCCCAGGUUCUGGCUCGCUUGGUGUGGGUGUACUUAAUGUCAACCCUGGGUCUUCCCAUGUGUUUAAGUGGUAUUCGUGCGGUAUCAAGUGGUUAGUGGCCCCUAACCAGGGAGGCCGCGGGGGGGCGGAAUAUACCAGCGGCCUAUAGUUGGCCCUAACCUAAGAGUGUUUUGCCGUGUAGUGUGCUACUCGUCGUGGCUAUAGCGGUGUGCCGUAUUUUGCCAUUACGUGGAUUAUAUAAUCCUGGGAAACAUAGUGUGCCUUACAGUGGUGCCUAGGUGCCAAGCCUUAAACAAUUGAGAAAAAUCAAGUCGAAAACCAGUGAAAGUCAAAUUAUAGCGAAACAAUAAUUAUAGCGGUAGAGGCUUCGUAGUUGAAGCGCGUUUAUGGGUUGAGAGACAGUCAGUGGUGUCAGGUGGUUGCCUCAGGGGCUCCUCUUCCCCUCGGUAGAAAAGGGACAGUCCUGUUGGGGUCCCACAUAUGGGAGCUGGCGGGUACUUCUGUGUGGUCAGAUCCUUGUGGUAGUCCCAGUGCCCUAAUGAAAGAGUCCACCUCCUGAGUGGAGUUGAGGUGUAGAGUGGUGCCGUUGUGGUCCACCGAUAAUGUUUUUGGUGCAGUCCAGCGGUAUACUAACUUGGCGUCUUGGAGGCGGCGGGUCAUAGGGCGCAGGGUUCUUCUCCAUUGGAGUGUGGAUCGGGUCAGGUCCUGAUAGAAGGUAAGACUCGCGGUUUCAAAGUCCAAUGGUGUUUUGCCUUUUAGGGCAGCGAAGAUGGCAUUUCUGUCUGUUUGGGUAUGGCACCGUACGGGUUGCUUGGGGGGGUGCCUGUCUUUUAGUUGGUGCACUGUUUCUUUUAGGCUUCUCAUUUCGUUUUGAACAUCUAUAAUGUCUUCUUCAGUGGUCUUCACUCGGUCUGUGACCGCCUGCACCUCCGUUUUCAUUAAAGCCAUGUCUGCUGCGGACAUUUGUUUCAGCUCCAUGAGGAGGUUUUUAAUGUCUAAUUUUGUGGCAGGUGUCAGUGCAUCAGGGUCAGUUUGGGCUGAGUGAUGUUCUAGGGUGUCCCCCAGGGCAAGUUCCGAGCACGUGGAGCCUGUGUCUGGGUCGGGUGUGGCCGCCAUUUUCGGUGCUGCUGUGCGCUGGAGCAUGGUGCUAAUGUCUUGGGUAUCUUUGCACGCACCUGUAGCUAUCCGCUGGGAUUUUCGUCCCAUGUUUAUCGGGUCGGUGUCUGUGUGCUCCGUGGGCGGUAUGGCAGUGGAGAAGACCGCGUUGUGGAGCGCCGUCUCAAAGGCCCUGUAGUCUGGAUAGGCCUUGGAUGUGCGGCGUACUUUCCGUCCCGUCUGGCGGUAUAAAAAGGGCAUCGAUCGGGUGAGUGCUUUGCCCCUCUGUCCUGGCCGUCGGUUGAUAGGAUUAUAAGGGCUGUGAGAGGUUUGUUUGUCGGUAAUUAGCCGCGUUUUUGCCGGAGCUCGCUACACAUGCGACCGCUCCGUUCCGUGGUUAAGCUCCGCCCCCAUGUGUGUUUCAUUAUUAACUUGCAAAAACGGGGGUCAUUUGUUCACUUGUGGCUCUAUUAACAUAAAAUAACGUAAUGUUGUGACAGAUGUAUAAGGCCUGCACAAAAGCAAUAUUUUCAACAGACAUUUAGAGGAGCAUACAAUAUCUGAAUAUGUGACGAUGUCCCUUUGAUGGAUAAGUCCUUCUUUAUGUGCUUGGGUGUGUGUCCUUGGUACAUGUUUGGAGAGUGCUUUGGGGUAAGUUUGUCUGUGGCCUUCUUGCAUAGUAAAUUAGCCCUCCCCCUCUCAAUUUAUGAAACAAAUGCCGGUGGGUAAAGAAACCAUUAUUUGUCCUUGUAAGAGCAAUUUUGUGUUUGUAGGGCAGGAUUGUGUUUGUAGGGCAAGAAUGUGUUUUUUGCCUUGGCAUUAUUGAGAUAUUGGUUCUCUUUUGUAAAUAGGCAACACAUUGUCCCAUCCUGUGGAAUAUCCUUAUCCGUUUUAUUAUUCUGUCCUUUAGGAAUUCAGAGCAAGCUUGCCACAGACCCAAUGUAGCUGGAAAACUUUGUUCUAAUAAACGUGCCUUGCUGAACUUCGGAGUGCCUGGGCCUUUUUCUUCUACCUUGGCUUAAACUGUUUGAGGAUUGUGCUAACCCCUGGCCUGGUUGCACCUAAUUAUUUGUCUAAUGAAAUGAGUGCAGUUUCUCUGAACCUUUGUUGGUAUAAAUACCCAAGGAUUGGUGUGACUGCUUGGACUAAAUAUGGAAAAUCCUGAUCAGCUCCCAUAUCGUUCCUUUAAAAAAAAAAAUGUAUUUGUGUUAGCGAUACGAUUGACUGAUAUUAUUAAAGGAGCAUGUUUGGCACCAUAACAACAACAGACAACUGUAGUGUUAUGAUUCCACAAGUGUCCUGGCAUUGUCCCAUGAUAGAUGUAAAAAAAAAAAAGAAAAGGUUUUUAGAACGGUUUGGCACAUUCCGGCACCACCGAGUCUGUUUUAUAGCACUUUAUAGACCGAAGUGAACCGAUGCAAAACCCUGCUCAGAGUGUAGCUUUAACCUUAUUAAAGAAGCACUAUUAUUAUUAUUAAAAAUGCUAAUUGUCAUACCUAGAUGGGCAACCUAACGCAACUUAUGCUUACAAUCGAAUUUCAACUUUUAUAUACCAGCAUUCUAGCUAGCCACACGAAGGUGACAAAGUCGGACCAUACAUCUCUAGACUAGAAUGUAUAACUUAGAACUCUCUCUAACAUAAAAAAAUGUGCCAAGUAUUUAAAACCACAUGAAUAUCUUUUUUCUCUGUUUAUUUCUCUGUUUGCAUAAACCGUUGUGGUAUUGCAAGCCUGUAUGGUGUUUUAUGAACAACCAAAAUAAAGAAUAAAAAAAAAAAGCUAAUUGUGCCUUUUAUUUCUCUCUUUGUGUUCUCAGCCCUGCAAACAGUCUCGUGAUGCUCCGUCAUAUCCUGAAACUUGUCACUGGGUGAGUUCAUUUUUGUAGAACUUUUCAAAUUUCAGAGUUUUAUUGUCUAAUUUUUAAUAUAUUCAUAUUUACUGUUGUCUUUUUUUAUUUUCUCUCUCUACACAAAUCAUAUAUUCUCUUACUGUCUUCUGAUCUACACUAAGGUGACUUGGUAUCUCUUUACAUAUAAUGUGAUCGUUUCUGGCAUAUAUACACACACCAUUACUCUCAUACUCUGUCUCUCAGUGAGUUGUGGAAAUUUCACAACCUUUUUUACGAUUCAGUUUUCAUUACAAUUUGGUGUUUAGUUAAUAAACCCCUUUGGAUUCUCACUUAAUAUUUGACACUCGUUUUUAAUCUAAAGAGUGUUUUGUUUUUUUUCCCCUGCUGGAAUAAUCUAUUUGGUUCCAUUUUGACAAAGGAUCAGUUAGGAAUGUCUGCAUUUCCAGUAAGUUGAAAAAUAAAUAACGUGAUGACAUGACUGUCUUUGUUGAAUGGUAGAUUUCACUGCAGCCACGCUGAGAGCUUCGUUAUUGAUUUUUACCCAAAUUAUCCCGGUGCUAAAUUAUUUAAAAUGAGAAUUUCAAACAGAGCAAGUCUAGAGCAAACCGUAUGGAAACCGGAUAUGAAUUUCUCUGAAAUAGAGAUGGUAUUUGGAAUCGAUAAGAUGAAAAAUAAUUCCGUAUGUAGGUCUGAAUUACAAGGAAGCAGUACAUUUGUUUAAUAGUCCUUCUUGCCCCAGAGGUGGUGAAAUACUUGACAGAUCUGAUAUAGGUUUGCUCUUUAUUGUAAAUUAACCCCAUAAGGAUAUAAUUGAUUACAUACUCCUUUAUAACAAGAGCACAAUACACUAUACCUGUAUGUGUGUCUAAACCAGUUAAAUGCACUUAUGUUGGAUUUGUGCCCGAAAUGUGUCUCUUUAGGAAUCUUAAAUCAGAAACAAAGGAGAUGUUACACUCCAUUUAGUAGCUGCAAGACUGCAUAGAGCUUUCAUUGCACUGUCUUAAAGGGACACCUUCACUGCCAGCAUUUUUAGUAUUCACUUAACUUAUCCCCUUUACUUAACACACAUUGGGAGAUAAGGUCAACACACGUUAUAUUAUUCUACGUGAGAUUUGAUGAUUUUCCCAUUUUAAGGUGUUAGAUUGUUAAGACAAUAUGACAUUAAAUUGAUUCUAAAGAAGUCAAGUUAGGUCUGUGCUGCAGAUAAAGACCAAACGAUGAAGUCCAUUAUUUAUAUUAUAAGGUUUUCAUGAGUUUGCACACCUGCAGAUUUUCAUCUUUGCUAGGAUAUGCAGGUUCAUAUUAAUAAAGUUCACUGUUAUGGUGUUUUUAAUAAGCUGACAUGAAUGUACAUUUAUAAUAUGUAUUAAGAACCCUAUUUCUGUGAAUUUAAAGGAACAGAAUAAGUACCAAAAUCACUUUAUGCUAAAGUAGAGGCUAUCCUACCUGCCAACACCGAUCCUCAGGUCUCCCAGGAAGCAUCCGGCUUCUGAAUCCCACCUGGGGCAUCUGACGAUCGGCUCUGGAGGAGCAUUUUGGGGUUAAGCCGUUUAAGAACAUUUUAACCCCUUAAGAUAAUAGUGUGCCCAAGAAUCUCCUGGCACCAGACCAACUUAAUUUAGAUGAAGUUGUUAUGGUGACCCUUUAAGUAUUUAUUCACUUAUCAGAGAAUUGAGUAGAAAUUUCUAAUUUAGGUAAAAAUGGGAGAUUUGGAAACAUUCUCCAACUUGGCAUUUUGGGCCACGCUGAGCUUUGUGUCUAUAAAAUUAUUGCCAUUAUCACUAGAGAUGUACCGUGUGGAUUACCACGCCUCACCCAGAGGUAGAGUAAGGUGUAUCUAUAGAUACACUAAGUGACCACUCCCUUGUGUCCAGACCCACAUUAAUCCAAAUGGAAACAUUUGGUUCUAUCUUCUCUUAUGUAACUACCACAGAAAUAAUAAUUGCAUCUACGAAUUUAUUAUUUUUCCAUUUCAUAGAUAUACAAACACAAAAAUAAAGCACUGCGCUUACAGCAACAGUAGCUUAGUCUCUAAAAACAAAGAAUGAUACCUGCGCUCUGGCCUAAAUCCCCAUGUACAUUUAAACAAAAUGGAGGCUCUUUAGUUUUAUUCCAAUGGCCAUUUGAAUAUAAGCUCACCUGCCACGUCAAGGAGAGUCCUACAGUAGCCAUUAGAUUUGCUGAUAGCCAAGAAUCUCCAAUGAGACAGGAAGGGGUGUUUUAUAAACCCUUUCACCUUUAACCCUUUCUAGGGCUUCUACACAUACAAUAAACUUUGCUGGUAUCAGACAAAGGUAAACAUCUCUAAUGAAACAUGAAGAGGUAUUUUAUAAACCCCUACAAACUUAUUUACCCUAAAUAGGGCUAUAACACAUACAAAUCACCUUGCUGGUAUCAGCUAAAAGGCAAAUUUAUCUGUUGAGACAGGAAAGGGUGCUGCCCCUACAUACUUAUAAACUCUUAAGACAAACAUGGGGUGGCUGUCAGCAAUGUAACAUAGCUGCGUGAUACAAACAUCAAAUACAAACACAAAAAUAAAGCACCACGCUUACAGCAGCAGUAGCUUAGUAUUGAACAGCCCCAAAUACGUAGUAAAAACAAAGAACGUUACCUGCGCUCUGGCCCAAAUCCCUAUGUACAUUUAAACUAAAUGGAGGCUCUUUUGAAUAUAAUCUCACCUGCCACGUCAAGGCAAGCAUCAAAAGGUGAGUCCUACACUAGACAUUAGAUUUGCUGGUAUCAGCCAGGAAUCUCCAAUGAGAAAGGAUUGGGGGCACACCCGAGACCUGCGUUUUGCAUGAAAGGUGCUGCCGCAGUGGCCAAACUUCAUACAUGAAAAAAAUUGUUGCGGCGCACUCAGACUACAAAAAAUACAACACAAAGAAGGCUUCUAAAUUGCCUAUCUAAGAAUAAAUAUGGAGAUUUAGUUCCACCAUAUGGCCAUAUGAUGUUAAGCCCAUCACUGCUUUCAAAGUACCCCAAUGUUGGUGGAUCCUACGCUAAAAUGUGGGGGACAAAUUAAAUAGUACUAGUGUUAAAAAUAAAGUGUAUUAUUAAAUCCUUGUAAGAGCAAAGUGAGUAUACAAAAAUAAAGUGAUAAAAGCAAUUAAAAACCGUGUUAAAACUAAACAAUUAAAGUGUUAGUGCUAGAAUGAAUAUACUCACUAUUGCAGAUGAUAUCUGUGUUGAAUGGACCCACCAACAUUGGGGUACUUUGAAAGCAGUGGUGGGCUUAACAUCAUAUAGCCAUAUGGUGGAACUAAAUCCCCAUAUUUAUUCUUAGAUAGACAAUUUAGAAGCCUUCUUUGUGUUGUAUUUUUUGUAGUCUGAGUGCGCUGCAACUAUUUUUCUCAUAUUUUUAUUUUUUCAGGAAUCUCCAAUAAGACAGGAGGGGGUAUUUUAUAUUCCAUAGAAAUGUUACACACCUUACUUGCGACCCAAUAUAGCGGAGAGAUAUAUAUAUAUAUAUAUAUAUAUAUAUAUAUACUAUUUUUGUUUUAUAUAUAUAUAUAUAUAUAUAUAUAUAUAUAUAUAUAUAUAUAUAUAUAUAAACACAUUCCAAAUAUAACAAAAAUAGUUAUUCUGUGGGUAAAUAUUAAUGUUUUUUCUUUUGGCUAUGAUACUGGAACAAGGCUAAUGGCCAUUAAUAUAUCGAAGAGACUGACGUAUCAAUUAAGAAGUACAGGCCAUAUGGCUGAAGCCAGACAUUCAGGCUGUUCAAGUGUAGAAUCUCACACCUUGCAGAGCCUUUGAUUAAUUCACAGGAUCCAUCCAUAUGGUAAAACCCUUUUCACAUAUUUCUUUGCAAUUUAGGAAUGUGUCAUCUGACCUUUCAUACAAUCAAAUGAACCCCUUUUGACAUUGACAAUAUUCCAUCUCUACCAGACAGGCACUACACCAAUUACAUUAAAGGAUAAUAUUCCAUAGUGCAAUAACGAAUUAUGCACCCUAGGCGGGACAGUUUGCACUUGUUGUUUUUGCUGUAUUUUUAAUCCGUGUUUUCAAUUUUUUAUUAAUUUACUUAUUUGUUUUGUUUUGGUUCUUUUUAGUCUCCAGGACGGCUCUUACCUUCUGAGUCAUUCUUCAAGAGACUCUUCUGUCAGUAUCUACAAGGGCCUCUCACAAAAUGGUAGAGGCUCUUAUAACCUACAUCAGGCCCACAGUCACCUCCCUAAACCUCCUUCCUCCCUAUCUGUACCCUGGGUGCCCUUGGAUCCUAAUCUCUUGUUGCCGUACCACGCUCGUCACGGAUGGCCUCCUUGCACUUUUCCACCAAUGAAUUAUGGGAAUACAGGACAUGUUAAGGUACUUCUUAAAUGAUGCAGAAAACCUGCCCACCAUUUUAAAAACGCUAGUGAUGGAGAACCAAUAAAGUUUAUUAAAACUGGGUGCAAGAGGGUACUGAGAACGGGCAACAGCUCAAAUAUCCAGCCCUUCGGUGGGUCCCUGCUCUGAUCUCAAGCUGGUUUUAGCUCAACUUGUGCCAUUACAAAAAAAAUCCUGGGCCAUUUGCAUAUUAGUCUGAUCCCACCCAAAAGGGUGGUCCAGAUCCGAAAUGCAGGCCGGCUCUCUCUGCACGAGAGAUACAGCAACCCCAGAUGAUGGUUUUAGCCUUGUUUGGCAUCGCCAGUGAGGUAUAGCAGAUAUCUAUCUCUAGGAACAAUAGUUCAUUGUUAAUUUAUUUUCCUACAAUCUGUUCAAUAUUACGCAAUUUAGAUCCCAGUUAUUUUUAAACAUUGUUGGACAAAAAAACAAAACAGGGUGUUACCUAACACACAGUGAACACCCCCUCCAUGGUUGAAUUGAUAAUGAGGAAUUUAUACUUCCACAUUAUUAGUGUCGAGUUUAUCCAAUGUGGCCAACAGUGAUGGGUAUAGACUGCUGGGUUUGGGCUGACUAUUCAUAAUUACUGCGCUGAGCUGAAACAGUUCUGUUAUUAGUGUCCCUUAUUAAUUUUUUAUGUUCUUCAUUACAAAUGUGGAACACUCCAUGCACCAUAAUGCCAUUCUUCACACUAGUUAUAUGUAAGGAAGUCCCCUGUCCUUAGUCCCUACAUAGACUCAGCAAGGUGUGUCUCCCUAUCUCCUUAUAAUUUCUUCUAGUUUCCUUAGAGCUUGUAAAGCAGGGGUUUCUGGGAGUUAAACAUUGUUUAUUUUCAUUUAGUGUUUGCAUACAUUUUAAUGUUUUAUCUAUAUAAUUCAUUGAAAAAGAGUGAAUCAAGUUUGUUCAGAAUGAAGGGACAAUCUAGUCCAAUGUCCCCUCUAAACACACCUUAUGUACACGGGGAGGGGGAGAAAAUAUCUCAUGUUUGACAAAAAAAGACUGUGUCGCAAUUAGAUUUUAUAUAUAUAUAUUUACAGAACAGGAACCCAUAAUUCCUUGAUAAACCCACCAGAAAAUGUUCCUCUAUUUAACCUAGACUGAUAGUGUAUCUUUGCAUAGGUUAUGGUGCUGGGAUAUCCCCAGCCCGUGUCUCCCUAAACGCAGUUUACAAAAUCAGUGCUGCUGUAAGACAACCUCAAGAGCAGUGUUAAUUUUUGCAGCAAACUUCAAUUUAGUUUUAGUCAUAGUCUUUUGAGUAAAAAGCCAUUUUAGUUUUAGUUGUAUUUUAGUCAUCUGUAUUGUUUUAGUCGACUAAAUCUCCUGGAGAUUUUAGUCGACAUGACUAAAAUCUAAUGUUUUUAGUUAAAGCCUCUAUUUGGCUUUUUUGCCCCUUCCCAGCCCUCUGUGUCUUUGUAUCCUCCCAGCCCCUCUAGGUGUCUCUCUCCCAAGCCCAGGUAUUUUUCUUUUGUCCCUUCCAGAGCUCCUCUGUGCAGUGUUAAGCUUUAGCAGCAAAUUUCAAUUUAGCUUUAGUCAUAGUCUUUUGACUAAAAAGCCAUUUUAGUUUUGGUCGUAUUUUAGUCAUCUGAAUUGUUUUAGUCGACUUAAAUUUGACAAAAAAUUAACACUGCGUAAGAGAGGUCAUAGAAUGCAUCCCAGGUAACUAUAUGGUUAUACAAGUCUUCUCUGACAUUACAGGCUUCUUAUCAGCUUAUUGUGAAUGAGUCUGAGCCAGGCUGUAUGACUGUAUUAAAAACUGUGAAUGGAUCUCCCCGUGAUCAUUGUAGCAGCUCCCACUCCACCUUACUGUGGAAUGGAACUGUGCAGGGCAAGAGUUUAUGGGAUAUAAACUGCUCCCAUUAAAAAUAGGAGAGGAUAAGAGGAUAGGAUAAGAGAAUAUUUGGAUUAGCAGAGCCACUUCCUGGUUUCUUGAAAGAAGAUUCCACUCCUGGGGUAUUGCAGCAAACACGGGAUUUGUUUUUUUUGGUUAUUUUAUUUAUUUUUAUGGAGACAUGAAGUAUAAGAUUAUUUGUGUGUUUACAAUGUCCCUUUACGUAUUUUCUAUAGACAGUAUUAAAUAUGUGAAUCAACUCUAAAUAUAUAUUGAAAGAACAGUAAUUAAGAUUACAGAUAUAAAUAUAAGACCCAAAUGCUUAUUAUGAGGUUAAUAAGAGGAGAUAAAUUGGUUUCUUUACCGUAAACAAUAAACCACUCUUUAAUCAUUUAUUAAGGGUUGAUAGGGGUAAGUAAAGGGUAGAACAUUACAUAGCUAUAUAAAAUACCACAUUAAAUAUUGCAAUUUCCCAAUGUAUUUGUUUAUUACAAUUUGCAAUUUAUUUGUGAAGAUUAUUAGUACUUUACAGUAAACCGUUAUAUUUGCAUAAUUUACAGAUUAUAUAUAUAUAUAUACAUUUUAUGUAUUGUAUUUAAUCUUAUAAGCAGUGUGUACUUAGUAUUUGGCAAAUAAUGACAUAACUUUAGCUAUUAUUAACUGAACUAAAACCUCAUUGAUCUAAAUAAGCUCCUGUUAUUAAAAAAAUAUUAAUUUUAAAUUGAGCGGCAAGAUUUGAUUGAAAAUGUUUCAGCAAACUAUAACUUUGGCCUAGGUUCUGUUCAAUAAGAAACAAAAGCAUAACAAUUCCACUUCGAGGUUAGAGAUGGGUUGUGUAUCACUUGGAUAUGUAGUCUGUAAUAUAUCACACAGGCCCUAAAAGGCACAUUAGUAGAUAUGAAAUUGUUACUACACCUCUGAUACUAUGUUCCCAUUGAAUGAGCUGUCACCCUGCAAUAUUCACUUAAAAUAAACCUGUUAAGAAAAAUGUAACUUACCUGAAAUGGUGCUCAUGUAUUUUUAAGUACAUCAUAAAUCACAAAGAUACAUGAUGUAUUCUGUGAUGAUACAGCCCCGGUGUCUCUGCAGAUUUUGUACCACAUUAUAUCCCUAUAAUGUGGGGGAUCAUUUCCCCCAAGCUUUCAAGUUGGAGCUGAACAUAAGCUCAUGCAAAGUGUGAGUGAACUUAUUUUAUCUUCUCGCCUUUAUAUUUUACAUUAUACACUAUUAGUUACUCUCCUUCUUGGUUUUUUGGCAUAUACCCUCAAAGACAUCCUAGGCACUGCACCUACUCUACUUUUUACAUUUUCUACCGGAUAAAAGAGACCCAGUUUUGGUGAUUAAGCUGCCUUCGCAACUGUACCAGUAUUCUACAAACGCUGAAUCCCUUCUGUUUUUAUUACAUAUUGGCACAAAUUCAUUCAGCCCCCUCCCCAGAAGGCUUUUCACAUGACUUCUUUGACAACCCUUGAUCAGGCACAGAAUGUUGCACACACUCACGUAAUUCCCUCUCCUGGCCAGGCCUUCCUCUCACAAUCUCACAUAGCCCCUCAAACUCUCCUGGUUUUGGCACCUCACAUACCAGGUCAUUUGCCAGAGUGGGAGUGCUAUCUUUGUGUACGGUGGGUUGAGUGGGAGAGUUAACUACAAUUGUAUCCUUGUCUUGGACGACGGCCAGGACCCUUGGCACAGCCUCAGAGUGGUUGCUGGGGCCGGCCUGAGGUUGUGAUACUAGAAAGUCUGGGUGGGGCGCUUCCUGGGUCUCCUCGAACGCUGCUGAAUUGGCUGAGUAGUAGCUUUGACUGAAGGUAAUCCACGGUAUGGGGGCAAGUUCUUUGCUUUUGCCACUUGAGCCGGGUUAGAAUUUGGAUGAAGUAGCUCUCCGUGGGAUCAGGUUGUUCCCCAAAAACACAUAAACAGGGAUGCCUGGCAACCCUUCCCCCUCAGUCCACACACUGGCCACAGAAAUAGCAAGUCACUCUCCACCAGCGAUGGCAAUCACUUAGGGUUGGAGCAAGCGUGGGACACUUUGCUGUAGAUGAGGCUUAACAAUGGUCAAGAAUUCACCAGUGUCCCGCAGUCCUUCUACAGGCAUGCCAUUUACCAGCAGUGGUUUAGGUCUUCUCUGGGCCACUGCACGGUCAGUACCGGCAUCACUCCCUGGGACCCGGUGGGCCAGUCCAAACAGUUCUGGUACUGGUCCACCACCACUUCCGUUGCUGCCCCAACAUAUUCCUCAGGCCCCACUCUUCCAUCAUCUGGACAGGUGGAGCAGGGGGAUAAGGACCGCGGGUCUAAGAAGGACAGUCUCUCACAAUAUAUCCAAGGCACUGGCACCAAUGGCAAACAUGGUGGUGCCUAGCCCCGGGACUCUUUGUGGGCCCAGAUUCCCCAUUUCUUCCUUUCUGGAAUGCAGACUUUCCCAGAGCCCACCGGUUGAGCAGGGGCUGCUACCACUAUCCGCAGCCUUGGUACAUGAAUACAGGUGCUGUAGGAUUCUGUCUUGGAGGAGAGAUUCUGGGGACUCUUCCACGACUGUCAACGAAGUGCUGGGCUGACUUAGCGGCUGCAGCAGCUGUAGUGAACUUCUGGUCUUGGGUUCACUGUCGCACCUCUUCCGGCAAGAGGUGGUAAAAUUGUCCCAUCAGCACAAUCUGCUUACAGUCCUCCCGGGAGUGCACUUCACUUCCAGUCCACCAUCACUCAAGGGCAUAUGCACUCCGGUUAGGUGCCUUCUGGAGUUACCUGGAUUUCCCGGAACUUAACCCUGUAUCUGGAAUCGCUCUGCAGGGCUCCACCUGUCGGUCUCCCAUUCAGUACCCACACCCAGUCAUCUGACGGCAAGCGAUUGAGCUCACAUUGCUGCUCAAAGUCCUGCAGGAACCAGUCUAUAUCAGUCAUUUGUAUCUUCAAACUUAUAAAAGCUGUGCACUGAUACUUUAAGAUGGGAACCCUCUGUCUGGCUAGAUAGGGAGACCAAAGUUGGGGUCACAAUCACCUAGGGAUUAUGAUCCUCUCAGGCCAGGUCCUCUACUGCGAUUGCUAGCAGCUCCCUCUUGUUUACUUGGCCGCCUAUGGCAUCCCUGUAGUCCUGCAUCCUCUGGGCCAGUCUUAUUGCUCAGGUUAAUGCUACAGGAGCGAUGCAGGAAGCCUCUGGUUGUGGUUCGGACACUCCAUUCUGCUGCUCAGCCAUGUUGCAUCCCUCAGCAGCUCUCUGAGCUCUGGUGUGCAUGUCGGGUCAACUUUAGCCUCUUCGGAUUAUUGUACUGCAAGUUAUCCCACCGCUGGUGAUGCAGCCCUGGCGUCUCUGUUACCGAAGUUCAGGCCUUAUAUCGUCCGUGGAUACUUGCAUUAACUUGCACAGCUGAUAUAUAAUAAGUGCUGUCACUCUGGCAAUAAUUAGUAAUUACUCUAUAGAGAACAAUGAAUAUCAAUAUCCUAUGAGAAAAAGCAAGACAAACCAGCUUUUCUUGGUACAAACAGCAACUGAACUUUAUUGUCGCUGCCAACAGGAUAUACAAACUACACUUCCCUUCCCCCAUCUGCAAGUCCACCGUGACAACAAAAGCAUACCUAGAUCAGCCAGGCAGAUAUCUCUGCAUGACAGACUGUUUUUGUUCACAGCUGGAGGGGGUAGGCUCUGACUCUUGUGCCAUGUGACACAUUAAAGUCCCUUUUUGUCACCUAUUUAAUGUAACAUAUCAAGAUACUCACCUUGUCCCCAUUUCAGCCUAGCCAUAUGCAGAGAUUUGUGGGUAUUCUUCUUGUAAUGCCCACCUCUGGCCUGUCCUCUGUUCUAUCACUUGUGUGAUUUGCCCUGUUUGGGACUCUUUGGGGCUCAUCUCAAUACAAUAUCGAUAGAGGCUCGCAAGGUCUUCCAUAUUACUCUGCAUGUGCAAGAGUGCAACGCUGACGUGGGCUCCUGACAGGGGCUAAAGAGAAAUCAAUGGUUGCAGAUAGAGGUGGCCGCAAAUUAUAGCUUCAGGUAAGUAAAACGUAUCUUCCCCCGCACCCUGCGGCCAAUGGACACCAAAAACUGAAGUCACCAUCUGGGGUCAAGCACCAGAACAACUACAGUGUGAUUAUGGUGCCAGAAUGCCCCCUGGCACUGUCCCAUGGACCAGUGUCCCAACCUCUUUCAGCAUAUUUCUAUUGCCUGGAGUCAUUUCACCUCCAGUUCUGAAAGAACAUAAUUGCCUCUUAUGGUGAUUCCCAGACAUUUGAAAGACCUUGUGCAGCAUAUAUAUCAAUAUUUACCAUGGAAGAUGAGGAAAUGUUACUGUGAUCAAAGAAUACUAGUUGGUUUUAAACUAUUGCAGUUUAGUGUGAAGCUUUAAUAGAGGACAUGCUGCUUCCACUAGCACACUUAUUAUUUAUUCAUGUAUCUAUCCACAAUAGUGAUGGAGAAAGUGAGAACAUAGGUCUAUGGGCACACGUUACCUCCCAAAGUUCCUCUGUAGGACCUAAAUCCAUUUAAACACAUCUUCUCCUUUUUCCUGGGAGCUCUGAAUGUUGCUUAUGUCUCUCACUGUAUCAGAGCUCCACAUCCUAAAAAACUUCCAUGAGUGUCGUUUUGUUCUGGUCUCCUAAAAUAUUCUAAAAUAGUCCUCCCUUCAGCACACCUCAUGCUGCUACUUCUACUCGCUCUAAAACAAAGGUGCCUCUGUCUGACUAUUUGAAAUGUUUGCCCCCACACCACCCACUUUUCGAAAUGUUUGUUUAAUUCAUCUCACAAAUGUGUGUAAGAGUUAAAAAAAAAAAAAACACAAAAUGCAGCUGUUUAGAUUAGCUUUAGAUUAGCCUUUCACAACUAUUGUUUAAGUAGUUGCUUUGCCUAACACAUUCCCUCCCCCAAAUCAAAGGAGGAGGUUAAGGGAAUCCACAUUAUUUUGUUCAGAUUGGAAGAAUGAAGUCAUAGCUGGAUACUAAACACAUCGCUCGCUGAUUCAAUUCUCCAGGGCAGGCAGAUUCUAGCUCGGCCAGUUUUGUAGCGUUUCCCACAAUGCUUUGGGUUGUCUGUUUAAAAACUUUUUUCAUACAUACUAAUUUUCUGCCCCUCUAGCAAUCAGGAAUUAAUGUUCUCCUGUUUUUCACAUGAUCAGAAAAUGUCAUAUAGAGUCCACCUCCACCCCCCCAAAUCUUAUAAAUGAGUGUAAACUCCCUCGUUUUUGAAAAUGGGUGGGUUCAAGCCUAGUAGCAAAGUUAAAAGAUUACCUCACAGCCUUGUACUGCUUAUAUGCAUAAAAAUGCUGAGACCCUAACGUAAUGUCAGAGGUUUUAAAGCUAAAGUAAAAAUAAGGGUUUGAGUCCUUUUAUUUUUUUUACGAUAGCAGAACGGGGAAGGAAAUAUGGAAUGGGAGAAUCUAGAACAUUAGAAUGCAAUCUGAGCGAAUGACGAAACUUUAUUAACCUAGAAUAACCAUCACUACUUAGACUACAAAAUCUAUUUUAUUUAACCUCUUAAGGACACACGACAUGUGUGACAUGUCAUGAUUCCCUUUUAUUCCAGAAGUUUGGUCCUUAAGGGGUUAAUGUAGUUUGGUUUGGGGUUUAGUAUUGGCAUUACAUUUAGGAUUCACUGAAUUAAUGUUGUAGAUUGACAUUAGAGUUUUUGGAAUUUGGGUAGGGAUUGGAUUAGGAAUAAAGCCGAAUGGUCAUUUAGAGAUGUAAGCUCGAUUGAGCAGGGUCCUCUUCAACCUAUUGUUCCUGUAAGUUUAUUUGUAAUUGUCCUAUUUAUAGUCAAAUCCCCUUUCAUAAUAUUGUAAAGUGCUACGGAAUCUGUUGGCGCUAUAUAAAUGGCAAUAAUAAUAAUAAUAGAGAUCAUACUUUGCGGCAAGGCAUUUGCAGUUUCCUGGCUUCGACAGGACUUCUAUCUCCUGCUCCCUAAACACAUAAAGUAAUUCCAAGCCACAAAAUUAAACUAAAAUGUAUUUAUUCCAUUCACUGUAAACUUGGUCAUUUCACUGUGACUGGAAUAGCGAAUUUUCACCAUUUCAGAGUUUACUGGGGUGAACACAGCAGCGGACAUAGAGGGGCGAGGCUGGGCUGCCAAGCAGAGCAGGCACAUGGUGCUGUGGCUUCUCGGCAGAUCUUCCUAUAAGUUAUUUACCAGAAUGCAUUAACUCUAGUUUUCUACUCUGUUUGUGUAUCUGCUUGUUGUGGACACUUUUUUUUUUUUUUCCUGCUAGAUUGCAGACCAGCUUGGAUCCACUGGUGGUGGCAUACUGACAGUGUGUGCAUGGAUGAGGCAGCCGCACUCCUCCUGUCUGUAACCACACAUAGUGGUGGUCAUCCUGGUCUCAGGAGUCCACAUUGAGCUCUGGACACUCACCUAAUUUCACAUUGCAAUGGAGAUAUAACUUGGGUCCUGCCCUUCGCCUUCCUAGUGGGUGGCGGCAAGGAUGAGCAGACUGGACACCAUAUUUGAAGAGGUCCUACGUCAGAUCUCACACAAGCAGUGGAGCUCGUAAUCUGCUCAGAUUCAUCAGAGGACACAAUAUAGUGUCUGACCACUACGUACCUCAGACUGCCUCCUCAGGGUGGAUACCCAGUGGAGUCAGACAGGUGCGAAAGCUCUGGGUAUUAUGCAGCCCUCCUACCCCGAGCAUUUGGAAUCUGGAACUAUUCCUCUAUGUAGCCCAGUAGGAGCUGAAGAGCUCUGCUCACCAGAGCUCCACUCAAACUCAUUGAGGGCUGUGCUGCCUCUCGGUCGUAACUGGCCACUCUAUGCAUGUAAACAGAUCUCUCUUGCACUGCCAUAAGCCUCGAGAUCAGGUGUUGAACGACGGCCCCUUGUUAUCUAACUAUUGUAUCCCACUGCCAUAUUAUGCAUUACUUAGACUCUUAUUUAGUUAUGUAGUAUAUCACUUUCACUCUGCUUUCUUUUUUACAUAGGAGCUACUGACUUGUUCCACCUCCGACCUGUUAAAAUGGUCCAAACAUAUAUUGUUAGUGCAGAUGUGCCCUCUCUUAUACUGCGCAGGGUGAACUCCUAUUCCUUAAAGAAACACUGUAAGGGCAGGAACACAGACAUGUAUUCCUGACCCUAUAUUGUUAAAACCACCAUCUAACUCCCCCUCUCCCCACCGGCCUCCCCUUGCUUCCAUAAAUAUGGUAAAAUCUGCCUGCUGUCUGCAAACAUUAUCAGAAGUGGUUUUCUGAGCCAAUCACAAUGCUUCCCCAUAGUAUUGCCUGAGACUGUCAAGGAGGCAGAGCCAGCACAAGUCAAACACAGCCCUGGCCAAUCAGCAUCUCCUCGUAGAGAUGAAUUGAAUCAGUGCAUUUCAAUGAGGAAAGUUCAGUGUCUGCAUGCAGAGGGUGGAGACGCUGAAUGUCAGUGCUACACACUGUGCAGCACUACACCAUGAAGCUCCUCUAGCAGCCAUCUGAGGAGUGGCCACUGGAGUUAUCACUAGGCUGUAAUGUAGACACUACAUUUUCUCUGAAAAGUAAGUGUUUACAGCAAAAAGCCUGAAGGGAAUCAUUAUACUCACCAGAACAAAUGCAAUAAGCUGUAGUGUCCCUUUAAGAGCCUACCUACUCAUAACAUUGAAUAACGUGUUUUUUGUUUUUUUUCUAUCGACAUACAAUAGUUUUAAUGUUCCAGCUACUUACUUUCUUUUCAUAAAAAUGAUAAUCGAGCUAUAAUUCUGGAAUGUGCAGCACACCAUUUAGUUUAAUCUCUACAGAUAAACCAUCUUAUUAUUGUGUAAAUUACUGUGUACACUUGUUUAUAUUUCUGAAACUGUGCAGCAAAAAUAAAAAUGAAGUGGGAAAAAAGCAGCAGUGAGAUAGGUAAAAAAUGUAGCUGCCCAGAACUUGGAAGCGCAGAGGAAUUUUUUGACAUGCCUGCCAUUUUCUCCAGCCCAGUGUGCGCCAUGUGUACAGCACUACAGUAUGUAAAUCAAAUUAAGACUAAUCUGCAUUUUUCUUUUUUUUAAACUUUACCGCAACCAAUAUCUACCUUUUUAUUUAGCAGUUUGGUUGUGCAGAAAUCUGGGAAGUGGUACUUCCUAUCUGAGGUUUCGGAUUGAGGUAAAGUUUUGAGAUUGGAGUAGAAAUUCGGAUUUUAGCGACCUAGAGACCAUCUCACCAGUGCAACUGUUGUUCCCUUCUCCUGCCAUGUCGGUUACUGUGCUCAAAGAAUGUCUUCUACGGGGGGGGGCGGUGUCCUACCCAUGGAGGGUGUGGGUUGAUAGAGGGUGUGGGACUCUUGAUGACAAUUUACCUUUACCAUUUAACCUUUCCCUUCAUUAGGAGUCACAGCAGUUCCUCUUGAAUUUUCAGUUUUUCUCUUUGUUGAAUUUUAAGAUGUAACGUCUGCCUCUAACUAGUCAUGCAGGAAGCUGAUCUCCAAUAGAUAAUUUUAGGGGCCUCUUGCGUGAUUUCUUAUGUUAAUCUCGUAAUUCUAUUCUGGGGCUAUACUUCUAUUUAAUUAUACUCAUAACUGGGGGAGCUGAAUUAUCUACCUGCCUGCUAACUUAUUAUCUAUCUUUCACCUCCUACAUAGAGGACAUGUUAUAAACCGCAUUUCUAGUUUCACUCAACAGAUUUUAUAAUAAAUGAGACAUUGUUACCCUGUAUGCUUUUCAUAUAUGUUUUACUGAUAAGUUGACUUGGUGCAUACUUGUGGAUAGUGGAUUGUACCUCCUCUUAUGUUAAAGGGACACUACAGUCACUGCUCAAUUCACUGCCAUGUAGGAGUAACAUUGUUAACUAUUUCUCCAGCUAAACGCUCACGCUCAAAAACCAUUUUGCGUGAGAGAGUUUUGAAUUUUUCGUUUCUAUUUUCAAUAUAGGGGUUAAGCCCCGAGACAUUACUGGCGGGUCUCUCUGGUGAUCUAAUUCAGUAACGGUAGACCCGCAAGGGCAGCCCACCAUAGCUGAAUAUUUUUUCCAUAAUGGCAUUAAUAAUAAAGUUCUGAGUUUUGGAAAAAAUCAUCCAGGACCUAAAUAUUCUCCCCAACAUUAAUGAGCGUCUCAACCCUUAUCUUAAUCCUUUAUACCUCAAAACAGGAGAGUGUUUGAAUUUUUUUUUUAUAAUAUGAUUGAUUAUUAUACCUCCCUUGCUUUGAACCAUUUCCUCAAAGUGAGAAGGUAUUUGCUUUCUGUCAUCAGUCUGUCCUUGGUUAUCCAUUACAGUUUAUUUACCAGGUUUUCCUGCAGAUGAUAACAUGUGAUCUGUAGAUCUGAAUUGAAUCUUUCAAUUGGAUGCUCCCUUGCCACACACUGAUCCCAAAGCUCACUUAUUGCUUUCCGACAGUCACUUAUACACACUAUUUUCACCUAGUUAACUCUUUAAUAACUUGCUAUCUCUCUACCUCUCUGGCCAGAAUAGCUUCCAAUUAAUAUUAUUUAACUCUAUAUUAUACUUUUAACGUGCAUUGUUUUCCAUACUGCAGAUUUUCUAUAGACAGGACUGUAUGAGUCAAAGACAUAUCCAGCAAUAAAGUCCAAUAAAGCUGAAAACAUACUCCCAAAUAGCACAUCUCCAACUAUGUGUUUAACCAGCUAAGGGCCAAAAAUGCACGUCAGUGUUCACAAGGACAAAGACUAAAAACCUAUGAUUAAGUGCUUUGGAAUGAAACGUGUAAUGUCUUUUUGUCUUGCUGUGUGAUUCUGUUAUGCAUUGGAUUUAUCACGUCCGAGAACGAGAAUUUCUGCUGGGAAUUCCUGAAGUUGACUUUUCUCUGGUUACGCUGUUUAGUGUGCUAGUCUUCUCCCCCCCCACCCCCCCAACUGUUUGUAUUUUUGAAGACUGAUGUAGCUCAGAGAAAUAGAAUCCGACCUUACAAGUCUUAAUAAAACGAAAAGUAUAUUCACAGAAAUCAUGGACCUGGAUCCAGCAGGGCUGUCACAAUUUUUGUCUCUUGUCUAGCCAUCCCAUGUUAAUUCCCUAAUGUUGUGCAUCUGGUAACCCCAAGGAAAUAUCUUCAAAAUGAAAUCAGGGCAUUAGGCCCAUUCCCAGGGCAAUUAAAAAUAUAUAUAUAUAAGCGAUCUAUGCCGUUUUCUGCCUUUUUGUUGUUGUUUUUCUUCUGAUUUUGCCCAUUAUUAAAAAAAUAAAUAAAUAAAUCACAACCUUAUUCUGCAGGUAAUGCACCCUGGUUUGAAAUUGGUAUUGACUUUAUUUUAGUUGUGAACGUUCAGCAUGAUUAGUAUGCAUUCCUCUCAUUUUGAGACUGUGUAACUAUGUAAGCAGCCAUGUAGGAUCACGGAGCCCUUCCUUGGUUAGGAAAUGUUGUAGAGAAUAUUAAAAUGCUAAGUAAAUACAUAGAAAUUCUUUUCAGUCAGCAACGUGUCUUUCGUUACAGUAGCAAACGUUAAAAUUCUUGUAAUUCACCGCCUUGACUUGGCAAGCCAUGAAAGACCUGACUGGCUGUUUUUGUGGUUUUAGUGGAAUAGAAGAAUUGCGGGAGGCGGGGACUGGUCCUAAUCAGUUGAAAUGUGUUCUCUUUCUAUGGGUUUGGCUGACUGCAGAUUUUUGUCUUGUUACUUCAAUCCACUCGUGGUCCAAACUGUAAUCUCCAUCUUUGUGGAAAUAACUGGAUAUAGCCCAUAUCAUUUGAAGUUUUUGUGUGUCCCAGCACAGUGACUGUAGGUGCAGGAUCAGGAUCUGGCCAUUUGCUGCUGGACUUUCAAAGGUUGACAAACGUGAUGGAGAUAAGCUUACUUAGCAUUCUAUCAAUAGUUCUUGAUGCAAACAAUGGGUUAAUUAAGAGAGUGCAUUUUGCAAAGCACUGCUACAGGCCAAAUUCACUAAAUGGAUAGUAGGAUGCUCCAGGGAAUGUACGUAGAUGCAAAGUUACAGGAAUCGAGCUGCGUUUACAGCCUCGAAGCUUGAAUCAUUAUAGCUUUCUGCCUCAAGGAAAUAUGAAACACUUUUGUAUUGACAAAAUGUUUUCUCAACCUGUGGCCUUUGGCUGGUUAAGGAUUGGGGUGUCCACCCACACCUAAUUCUUUAACGGUAAAGCUAUGUGUUGAUAUUUCACGGAAGUCAACCCCUGUCCCUCAGUUGAGGGCAACUCUUCUUUUUGGCUCCUUUGAAAUGAAAAGCUCAAAUUUAGUGUAGUGUGUCAAUACCAAUUUUGUAUACCACUGUACAAAAUGUCACCCACAAUUGGUUUUUAAAAGUGCAUCCACGCAAGGGCUAAAAUAUUAUUACUUUUGGCAGUAUUUUACAGUGCUUCUGCAUAAACCAAUAACUGCUAAAUACAUUUCCCAGCAAUGUAUAAAACAUGCCAAUAGCGGCACAAAAUAAUCUUCAAAUAUACAGCAGAAAACUUUACCAACAGCCAGUUGUGUUACACAAAUAUGCCAAAUAAUUUCAACAGCUAUAUGUUGAAUGUGCAAAAAACACAAUAAAAUUAUUUACACUUAUUUUGUUGAAGUGCUUAUAGUGCAGUAUGCCACCAAAAAUGUGUGUCCGUUCAUUGAUUCACUUAAUAAAUAUUUAGCAGAGUUUCGAGCUUCCAAGACAAAAAAUAGAACACUAAUAUAAAAACUGGCAAGAGCACACUAAUGGUGUAUAUAUAACAUACACAGACCAUAUUAGCAUGAAUCAGUAGAUACCUAAAAAAAUGUAAAAUGGUAGACCAUAGUGAACUCUGAAUGUACAAUAAAAGUAUAUGUAAAUACAAAUCCAUCUCACUCACAUUUUGCUGAGCCAGCUAAAGUGGGCUCAGACUAAAAGCGCCUUUGGAACAAAUAUAGUUGUAGAGAUCAUGAGUUGGCACCAAAGUUGAAACCACGAUGAUAUGAAGUAACCAGGAACAAAUUUAUUAUAAAAUAAAGAUAAAAUAUUAAAAGAUCUCAAAUAUACAACCGUUUAACAACUGCACUGACUAGUUUCGACAAAUAGUCUUUAUCAAAGUGCUCUGUACCUGCUUCAGACUCCCGUCCGUUUAAAUCUCCAAAAAAGGUACGUCGUUCUCCACGUGUAUCCUCUAUUUCUUCCGGGUACAUCAUUUCCGGUUACGUCACUUCCGGGUCAGCGGGUUAAGUAAGUGACGUAUUUCCCGCUGACUAUAGGCACUCAUACCACAUCAGCUCAUUGAAGUGGUCUGGGUGCACUGCCCUGUCAGUUUAGCCCUGCAAUUGUAAUUAUUGUAGUUAGUGAUAAACUGUAAUAAUUACAUUGCAGGGUAAACUCCACCUCUAGUGGCUGUCUACCAAACGGCCACUAGAGGGACUUUAGGUCGUGAUGCUGGAUGUCCUUACUCUAUGCAUCGGGAUAUCCAGCAUCAGCCAAAACCCCAUAGGAAAGCAUUGUUUUAAUUAGGUCCCUGACAUUGAGGGAGGUGGAGCGGAGUAUCCAGGGUAGAGGGACUGGAUUUAGGAAAGUGACAAAAGGGUUCUGCGCUGCAGGUGAUCACUAUAUAGGGUACUAUAGCUCUAGGAAUACAAUUUUGUAUUCCUAGUUUAUAGUUUCCCUCUAAAUACUAAAUGGAGAAUUUAGCAGUUGGGCUGCAAGAGCAUAAUCUAUACACCAAAACCACUCCAUUAAUCUAAAUGUGUUUAGAGUGUCCAUUCAAAAUACAGUAAAUUCCGUAAAUAUAGUAAAUAUAUAAAGUCUGAUUUCUAUGUAAAUCAUUGGCUAUUUCUAUAAAAUAAUGUUCAGGGGCCACUAUUUCUACAUUUCUGUUUCUCAAAAAGCCUCCUAAUAUGUAGUUUAGUGAUGAUUUUUGUCGCAUUCUUUUCUGACUAUUCAGUAAAAUUUAUAUUGAGAAAAACAUAUUUGUCGAGAUGUUGAGUUUGUAAAGUAAGUGUAAUACCCAGAGCCUCUUCAUACCAAACAUAGGUUAAUAGCAACUUAACCCUGUCGUCAAACCGGCCUCAGAUAUUUUCUCUUGUACUUCUCCAGAAAUUCCACACAUACCAGAGGAGAUAAAGGCAUUUUGCUGGAGCAGUUCCAAAUGGGUGUCAGCACAUCUCAUUAAUUUGGCUAUGUCUUGUAUCUGGACAUUACAUUCUACAACUGGCAGCCCAUGAGAGCAUCCUUCUAGCUGGCUGACUUUCUCCUUUUGGGAUGUUUAACUGGUAAAACAUAGAACAUGAUGGCACAAGGACAGCAAGAAUCUACUAACAUACAAAAUGUUACUGUAGACUUGUCCUUCUGGCUUUACUACCCAUGUUAGCCAGUAGGACAUGUUUCAUAGGCACAAGAGGGGCACCAACACCACCCACCCCCUCUUUAUUUGGAUAUCGUACAAGUUGUUUCCCAAAUAUGUGUAUCUAUAGGUUUAUGGUGUUGGACAAGGUGUGGUCUACCAUUGGCUCAGAAGUUGAUUGUAUGAGGUUAAGUAGGUGCAAAACCCAGGGUAGGGCAAACUCACAUUCUGGGGGUAGAGUAUAUUGCCCCAACUAUCACAUUACUUGUGGUCUAUGGUUCAAAGACACCAUCUCUCUGGCUUUAAAAGAACACUAUAGUAUCAGGAAUACAAACAUGUAUUCCUGACACUAUAUAGUCCUGGUAUGGAUUUUUAGGUCCCCAGCCCCGCUCCAAUUGCGUUGAGAUGUUUUUACUCAGGUUUUCUCCCACGCCAUGAGGGUCUCACUGUGGCUGACCCUGCCUCCAUGACUGAUGUCAUCAAAUUUAAUGAUAUCAGCCAAUCUAAUACUUUGUCAUGGGAAAGCAUUGAAAGGCUAUAGUGCAAGUGCAGUAAAGUGAUGUGAUGUGCCAGUCAGCAUCUCCUUAUAGAGAUUAAUUGAAUCAAUGCAUCUCUAUGGGGAAAAUUCAGAGCAUGGAGAGGCUGAAUGUCAGUGCUGCACACUGUGUAGCACUGCCCCAGGAAGCACCUCUAAUGGCCAUCUGAGUGAGUGUCACUAGCAGUGUUACUAGGCAGCCAUGUAAACACUACUUUUCUCUGAAAAGGCAGCGUUUACAGUGCCUAGCAUCCAGGAACAUGCUAUAGACACCAGAACUGUUACAUUAAGCUGUAGUGGUUCUGAUGACUAUACUGUCCCUUUAAGGCAGGGUUCUCCAAACUCUGGCCCUUCAGCUGUUGCCAAACUACAACUCCCAUGAUUCUUUGAAUGAAAAAUAGCUAGAGCAUCAUGGGAGUUGUAGUUCAGCAACAUCUGAAGGGCCAGAGUUUGGGGAACCCUGCAUUAAAGUGACUCUGUCACUUCUGAGUAUUUUAUAUGGAUAAAGUCAUUGAUUUAAGCCACUAUCCACUUUUAUCUAGAAUCCCAGCACUUGCCACAAGUGACGGCUGUGAGAUUCCGUCCUCAUCUUUACCAGUCCUGCUAAUAAUUAACCUUGGUAGGAGACGUGUAUUUUUAGAUGGGUCUUGUGAGCGGUAACUGCACGUCUUGUGGUAACUGUCGUUUAAACAUGAUACCACGUAAUAACAAAUACAUUCAAAGUCUGGAGAAUCCUUCCCCAGAUUGUGUAUCCAUCUUUUCAAGUACAUGGGAACACAGGACACGCUGGGGGGCUAGUACGGAUAUUGGUAUUUUCCCAAGAUGCUCAAUGUUAAGGCUUUAGUGUACAAAUAUAGUAUAAACCAAAACAGAGAAGAUUCGGGAUAUGGCUGUGUAAAUCUACAGAGAAAGCAUAAAACAAAACAUAGUGUGAUAUUGUUAUAAAACACAAUAUUUCAUGCGCAGUAAUCUUGUGCACUCACAGGAUGUAGGCAGUAAAAGCGCUCUUAAGGUGCCUUCCCCAAUGGAAUGGGGGGCUAGCUGGUAUUCCUUAUCACCUCUGGAUCCUUGUAUCACCAAAAGACAUCCACAGGUCAGGGUUCAGUAAUAAAAAAUUUAUUUAGAUAAAAAGUGUAGUCACCAAUUCAGCAUAGGAUACAAAUAACAGAAGGUUGUCCUACGCGUUUCGUUCUAUAAGAACUUCCUCAGGGACCACAAUUAAAAACAAUAAUAACAAUGUAUCAAUGUACAAUACAUAAACAUAUCCUAUACACAUCCCCCCUCCCUGUGUCCUUAAAUAGGGCUAAUCCCUAGAGUCUAUUGGUGGAUCCAGUAGGCGUGUAAAUCCUCCUUGGUUCUAAUUGGAGGACUGAUCUUCCUGUGGCAGCUGUUUGUCAUCCAUUCAUUUUCCAUAAUUUGUAAUUUGCGCCUUUUUCGGCAAAUACCGGAAGUGGUCAUAAUUUGCCGAAACCGGAAGUGACAUCGCGGGAACGUCCGCGUUCCACAUGCGUUCCACCAGUGACGUCUCCAUGGCAACCGGGCGCGAUCAAGUCAUUCAAAAGGUCAAAUGGAACACAGGACAAAUAAAAAGCCCCAUUCUGCUUGAGAAAAAAAACUGUUAACCAUUUUUAACAUAUUUAGCCGUUAUUUAUGUAUAUAUAUCUGUUGAGUGUCACCCUCCUCAUUAAUCCCAUCACACAACAUAAUGUUAAUCCUCAUAUUGUACCAAGUAAUCAUAAUACCUCAGUAUAUUAUAAGCCUAAGGCUUCGUAUUACAAAGUGAUCAUAUUUCCUAUGUCUAUUAUUUAAAAGGUUUUUUUUUUUUUUUUAUAACUUUAUACAUUGUUAAUCAAAGUGAACACCGUAAUCAAUUCAUCACUGUAUCAGUUUAAACUUCAAUUUGUCGUGUUAUAUAUUUGUACUCCCCAUAAAAAUCUUUGGGAUAAACCUAUUAUACACAUUGAAAUAAUCCAUUGCUAUGGUUACACAAAAACGGGGGUUAGUAGAUUGUGGCUACAAAAUAACUACUUCCCAUAUAAACUUUAUUUAGUGAAUCUACCACAUUCAAUUUAUACCAGCUCUAAAAAACCUUAGAGCAAAUCCAUUAUUUAUAUUAGAAUAAUCGGUUAUUGUGUUUUUAUUAUAGUCAUUUGUGAUUUUUGGUCAUAUAGGACAAUAGAUCACAAAUUGUAAAAAAAGAGAUAAAAUAAAAUAUAAGAGAUAUAAAAUAACUACCUGGUAUUUGAUAUAUAUAUAAAUCCUCUCUCUAAGUAGGGAUUAGCUUUCAACUGUAGAAACAACCCAAAUUAAAGGCAAACACACAUAUCCUAACUCUUUGUUCUGAAGAUUUUAGGCCAUAUUAAUCUAGAAAACAAAUUAAAUCAAUAUCGAUAUUGAGACCCUUAGGUGAGAGGGUUUGUAAUUUAUGUAUCCAGAACGUCUCCCUCUGGGCUAGUCUUUGAACUCUAUUACCCCCACGCCAGAAGGGGUGGACUCGUUCGAUUCCCCAACAUCUAAAAUCCUUAAAUGAAAAAAGGGGACAUGAUAUACAAUGGGUUGGGACUGAGUGUGUCAUCAGUCUCUUUCUGAUAUUAUUAAGAUGUUCUAAUAGGCGAACCUUCAAAAUCCUCUUAGUCCGUCCCACGUAUUGCAUGCCACACGGACAUUGUAGCAGAUAUACCACAAAGUCCGUGUGGCAAUUUAUACUAUCUCUAAGUGUAAAGCUCUCCCCCGUGGUGGAGCUAAAAAAUGAAUGUGUAUUUUUUAUAGACACCGUGGUACAAGCUUUACAAGUGCCACAGCCUCGAAAUGAACCUGAGCUAGCAGAAGUGGGACCUGAUGGUGGUUUAAUGGCAUAACUAGGUGCCAACAUAUCCUUCAAAUUUUUAUUCCUUUUGUAGAUUACCAAGGGAUUGUCUGGUAAAUGUGUCCCCAAAAUGGGGUCUUGUAGCAGAAUUGGCCAAGAACUUUGAAGACUUCUCUUAAUUUUAUUAUAAUCAAUAUUAUAAUGGGUGGUAAAUGCAGAACGGAAACUAUCCCCAGUUCCCGAAGUAUAUGAUUUAUUCUCCAAAAAAGUUUUCCUUUCUAUAUCGCCAAUACGACGGAUUUCUCUCUCCAAUCUCUUUCCAUUAUAUCCUCUAUCUGUAAGCUUCCUUUUAACAUGUAAUGAUUGGGCGAAAAAAUCCUGUUUAUCAGAACAAUUUCGUCUAAGGCGGGUAAACUGGCUUUUUGCUAUCCCCCUAAGCCAGGGUUCAUGGUGACCACUCCUACGAUGAACAAACCCAUUACCAUCAGUAGGUUUAAAGAAACAUUUACUUUUUAUAUGACUCGAAUCAUGAGAUAGACAAAGAUCAAGGAAAUUAAUCUCAUCCUUAUUCCAGAUAGGAGUAAAGACAAGGUUGUACUCAUUGUCAUUCAAAAAAUUAACAUAAUCCUGAAACGAAACAGAAGAUCCCUUCCAAAUAAUAAUGACAUCAUCGAUAUAACGCCGCCACAGGACCAAGUUCGCCCUCCAGCCAUGUCCAGACCACACAAAUAACUCUUCCCAUCUUCUCAUGUAUGUAUUGGCAUAACUGGGGGCGAACUUGGUCCCCAUGGCGGUCCCCGUGACUUGUAAAAAAUAAUCACCAUUAAAGAAAAAAUAAUUGUGAUGUAAAAUAAAUUGAACAGAAGAAAAAAUGAAGUCCCUCAUAUCCCCUGGUAACUCCACAUCCUAUAAUACCCAUAGGACAUCGAAUAAUGGAAGGUCCCCAAUGAGAAAUAAGGAUCCAUUGCGGUCAAGAGGUGAAAUAAGGAAACCUGAGGUACAAGAGUUUAGAAACAGAAACAACAGUCUAUCACCUGUGAGAAGGGAAACUAAUAGACCCCAUACACAAAUAUCUAGGGGCAGAGAUAAUCCAGACAAUCAUAUAUCCCAAUUUAAUGAUUCUGCUGUAAAUUUUCAGGGGAAACCAAGAGGUCCCAAAGAAAAGACCAUAACCAAUUAUUUUCGUCCCAGGGCAGAGACCUGGGAACAUCCCAAUCGCUUUGCAACACUUUGUCAGGAUUCUCCAGUGAAGAGAAUCCGGACGGAGGACUAGGAAUAAUUUCUUCUUUAAAUGGAGGUUCAUUAAACAUGAAAGAACUGAGCAGGGGGAUCUUUAACUUAACCCCAACCCCACUUUCAGAUGAGGAGAUUAAUUUGUUAUCAAGGGGUUUGAAAUUUGCCCCAAACAGAAAGGCCAAUGACUUUAAAUUAUUUAUUGAUCUCAAAAAGUUUAUUCGUUCUCUAACUAUCAAGAGACAUUUUUUACUACAUCCACCUGAGACUAAAAUCGCUGGUGAAAAUACUAAUGUUGACUAUAGAUUUCGUCCAAAAUCCCAUUUUUUUCCUACUUAUAGUAAGGGCCCUUUUUUAGAAACUUUUGAACAUAUGGUAGACCAACAAUUUCGUAAUAUGACUAAGAAUACCAAUAGGAAUAGAAAUAAUCGUCUCCAGAAUUUAAGUAAAGAGGAAGAUAAGAUACUUAAACGGUUGAUGAAAAGAGACGACGUGAUUAUCAGAGAAGCAGAUAAGGGGGGGGGGAUAGUGUUAAUGACCACUACAUAUUAUCUCCAAGAAGCAGCUCAUAUCCUGGGGGAUAGAAAGACUUAUAGUGUACUCAAAUACGAUCCGACUAGCCAAUUCAAUACAGAGCUCCAAGUAAUUUUGAAUGGAGCUAAAGAGAGAAACAUCAUCUCACAGAGAAAUUAUGAAUUUUUAUAUCAGAAAAACCCAACCAUCCCUAUUUUUUAUUUUCUUCCAAAAACACAUAAGCGUCUCCCUAACCCCCCUGGGCGACCCAUAAUCAGCGGCAUCAAUUCACUAACGGCUAAUUUGUCGGCUUAUGUCGAUUCUCGGUUACAAAAAUAUGCCCAAGGGGCCCCUUCAUAUGUGAAGGAUACGAAGUCUUUCCUCCAAGAAAUGGAGAACAUCGAAUGGGACCCAGAGUACAGUUGGGCCACACUUGAUGUGACCUCUCUGUACACAGUGAUUAGCCAUAGACUGGGUUUGGAGGCAGUUGAUUAUUUCAUGGAGCAGGAUGUGGAGUUACCAGGGGAUAUGAGGGACUUCAUUUUUUCUUCUGUUCAAUUUAUUUUACAUCACAAUUAUUUUUUCUUUAAUGGUGAUUAUUUUUUACAAGUCACGGGGACUGUCAUGGGGACCAAGUUCGCCCCCAGUUAUGCCAAUACAUACAUGAGAAGAUGGGAAGAGUUAUUUGUGUGGUCUGGACAUGGCUGGAGGGCGAACUUGGUCCUGUGGCGGCGUUAUAUCGAUGAUGUUAUUAUUAUUUGGAAGGGAUCUUCUGUUUCGUUUCAGGAUUAUGUUAAUUUUUUGAAUGACAAUGAGUACAACCUUGUCUUUACUCCUAUCUGGAAUAAGGAUGAGAUUAAUUUCCUUGAUCUUUGUCUAUCUCAUGAUUCGAGUCAUAUAAAAAGUAAAUGUUUCUUUAAACCUACUGAUGGUAAUGGGUUUGUUCAUCGUAGGAGUGGUCACCAUGAACCCUGGCUUAGGGGGAUAGCCAAAAGCCAGUUUACCCGCCUUAGACGAAAUUGUUCUGAUAAACAGGAUUUUUUUGCCCAAUCAUUACAUGUUAAAAGGAAGCUUACAGAUAGAGGAUAUAAUGGAAAGAGAUUGGAGAGAGAAAUCCGUCGUAUUGGCGAUAUAGAAAGGAAAACUUUUUUGGAGAAUAAAUCAUAUACUUCGGGAACUGGGGAUAGUUUCCGUUCUGCAUUUACCACCCAUUAUAAUAUUGAUUAUAAUAAAAUUAAGAGAAGUCUUCAAAGUUCUUGGCCAAUUCUGCUACAAGACCCCAUUUUGGGGACACAUUUACCAGACAAUCCCUUGGUAAUCUACAAAAGGAAUAAAAAUUUGAAGGAUAUGUUGGCACCUAGUUAUGCCAUUAAACCACCAUCAGGUCCCACUUCUGCUAGCUCAGGUUCAUUUCGAGGCUGUGGCACUUGUAAAGCUUGUACCACGGUGUCUAUAAAAAAUACACAUUCAUUUUUUAGCUCCACCACGGGGGAGAGCUUUACACUUAGAGAUAGUAUAAAUUGCCACACGGACUUUGUGGUAUAUCUGCUACAAUGUCCGUGUGGCAUGCAAUACGUGGGACGGACUAAGAGGAUUUUGAAGGUUCGCCUAUUAGAACAUCUUAAUAAUAUCAGAAAGAGACUGACGACACACUCAGUCCCAACCCAUUGUAUAUCAUGUCCCCUUUUUUCAUUUAAGGAUUUUAGAUGUUGGGGAAUUGAACGAGUCCACCCCUUCUGGCGUGGGGUAAUAGAGUUCAAAGACUAGCCCAGAGGGAGACGUUCUGGAUACAUAAAUUACAAACCCUCUCACCUAAGGGUCUCAAUAUCGAUAUUGAUUUAAUUUGUUUUCUAGAUUAAUAUGGCCUAAAAUCUUCAGAACAAAGAGUUAGGAUAUGUGUGUUUGCCUUUAAUUUGGGUUGUUUCUACAGUUGAAAGCUAAUCCCUACUUAGAGAGAGGAUUUAUAUAUAUAUCAAAUACCAGGUAGUUAUUUUAUAUCUCUUAUAUUUUAUUUUAUCUCUUUUUUUACAAUUUGUGAUCUAUUGUCCUAUAUGACCAAAAAUCACAAAUGACUAUAAUAAAAACACAAUAACCGAUUAUUCUAAUAUAAAUAAUGGAUUUGCUCUAAGGUUUUUUAGAGCUGGUAUAAAUUGAAUGUGGUAGAUUCACUAAAUAAAGUUUAUAUGGGAAGUAGUUAUUUUGUAGCCACAAUCUACUAACCCCUUUUUUGUGUAACCAUAGCAAUGGAUUAUUUCAAUGUGUAUAAUAGGUUUAUCCCAAAGAUUUUUAUGGGGAGUACAAAUAUAUAACACGACAAAUUGAAGUUUAAACUGAUACAGUGAUGAAUUGAUUACGGUGUUCACUUUGAUUAACAAUGUAUAAAGUUAUAAAAAAAAAAAAAAAAAUAAAAACCUUUUAAAUAAUAGACAUAGGAAAUAUGAUCACUUUGUAAUACGAAGCCUUAGGCUUAUAAUAUACUGAGGUAUUAUGAUUACUUGGUACAAUAUGAGGAUUAACAUUAUGUUGUGUGAUGGGAUUAAUGAGGAGGGUGACACUCAACAGAUAUAUAUACAUAAAUAACGGCUAAAUAUGUUAAAAAUGGUUAACAGUUUUUUUUCUCAAGCAGAAUGGGGCUUUUUAUUUGUCCUGUGUUCCAUUUGACCUUUUGAAUGACUUGAUCGCGCCCGGUUGCCAUGGAGACGUCACUGGUGGAACGCAUGUGGAACGCGGACGUUCCCGCGAUGUCACUUCCGGUUUCGGCAAAUUAUGACCACUUCCGGUAUUUGCCGAAAAAGGCGCAAAUUACAAAUUAUGGAAAAUGAAUGGAUGACAAACAGCUGCCACAGGAAGAUCAGUCCUCCAAUUAGAACCAAGGAGGAUUUACACGCCUACUGGAUCCACCAAUAGACUCUAGGGAUUAGCCCUAUUUAAGGACACAGGGAGGGGGGAUGUGUAUAGGAUAUGUUUAUGUAUUGUACAUUGAUACAUUGUUAUUAUUGUUUUUAAUUGUGGUCCCUGAGGAAGUUCUUAUAGAACGAAACGCGUAGGACAACCUUCUGUUAUUUGUAUCCUAUGCUGAAUUGGUGACUACACUUUUUAUCUAAAUAAAUUUUUUAUUACUGAACCCUGACCUGUGGAUGUCUUUUGGUGAUACAAGGAUCCAGAGGUGAUAAGGAAUACCAGCUAGCCCCCCAUUCCAUUGGGGAAGGCACCUUAAGAGCGCUUUUACUGCCUACAUCCUGUGAGUGCACAAGAUUACUGCGCAUGAAAUAUUGUGUUUUAUAACAAUAUCACACUAUGUUUUGUUUUAUGCUUUCUCUGUAGAUUUACACAGCCAUAUCCCGAAUCUUCUCUGUUUUGGUUUAUACUAUAUAUGAUAUAGCGACCUAGGGAGGCUGUCAUACAUCUUUAUAAGCUAAGUACUAUUGCUUUCUAUAUUAUUUAUCGAUUGUAUAUUGUUUGGGAUAUACUUAUAAGCUAUUUAGUGUACAAAUACCUGAAUUAGUGAUGGAAGUCACAAUUCAUAUCUGUGUUUGGACCUAGAGAAUGCACUGUUUAAUACUUGGCCUUUAUUUUUAUUUAUAGGAGAUUGUAAGAAAACCAUUCACUAAACGAGAAGCAGCCCCUUUGAUACCCCAGCCUUCUGUAAGUAUGGCAACAAGCCAACUACGGAAGAAGAAGAAAAAUAAGGGGAGGAAGAGACGCAUGGAUAGGAUUGAUAGGUGGAAAAAAACACUGGACGAGUGGAAGACUCUCGCCUCGGCACAGAAGCAAAAGACUUCAAAGGAGUACAGCAAAACUUUGGAAGAAUUUUAAAACACUUGGUACUGCAGAGCGAGAUAAGGAACGUGUUGGAGGGUGUGCACUCCCGAAGGUUUCCAAUGGGUCAUUACAGAUACACAGAAUGGGUGAAAUGCCUGUAGCCAAUUAUUAACCAGCUUCUCAACCUAUAUGUUUAGAGAAAUCUAAAGUACAAUUCCUUGGCAAAGAAACAGAAAGCAAAUAUCAUACGAAUACUUUGCUGUGUAACUGCUAGCAACAAUGCAUUGUGUCAGAAUAGGUGCACCUUAUAUUGUAUCUUCAAACGAAGACUUCUUAUUUUCACCGAGGAUUCUGGGAGAUUCGCGCUUUCUACUCUUCAAGGACUAAGAUGGGUUCUUUGUUUUUGUCUAACAUUGGACCAGACGUUUGAGUUAGCCUGUAAAGUGAGGCAGAUUGUAUAGUUGUAUAGUAGUGUAAGUAAGCUACAGAGAUUUCUAUUUUGUUGACAGCAGUUUGUAUAAAGUCGGAGGGUAACUGUUCUAGCUCGAUAUUUUUAUUAUCAUUUCUAGUUUCAGCCCCUCCUCAAUAUCUGACAUGUACAGGGCACAUAUUAUCAUAUAUUGGAGUCUGACUGGUAAGCAUGACACCGAAAUAUCUGGUCAGUCAUACGUUGACCAGGUUCCUGAGGAUAUGGGUAUAAAGUGUAUUCAUAUUCAAUAUUUUAUUUUUUUUAGCAGACGUCCACUGGGUUCUUCAGUGUGGAGCACACAAGUUCAUGUGGUAACUAAUCAGGUUCCUGGUGGGCUGCUUGAGUUGGUCUGGGAUGGUCUGGCCACCAGCUGUUCGGCUCUUCUGCCGAGCGGUAUGCUAUGUUAGUCUUGGCAGCAAGUUCUUCCUUCUGUUCAAAUUCUUUGCUGAGGUUCUGGCACUUGCGUUUGGAUGGUAAGUGCGGAUAUUGGCAUUGGAUCAUAUUCAUGCCCUUUCAACACAUACAGCACGGUGUCUUGUACAGCUGUAAACUGUGACUUAGCAAAGGUAAGGGCUUUCACUGACAGAUGAGACAAUUUAGGGUGGAGGGAUUGACAUGGGAGAGGAGAUGAAGAAGUGGGGGGUUAAGAGGAAGAGAAAUUGGGUAAAUUAGAGAUACAGCUUUAUCUAGGCCUUUCUAUUUUACUAGGUGGUUGUGUGAUCCAUUAAAGGGAUACUAUAUGCAUUGAAACAACUUCAGCUUAAUGAAGUAGUUUUGGUGUAUAGAUCAUGCCUCUGCAGUCUCACUGCUCAAUUAUCAGCUGUUUAGGCGUUAAAUCACUUUUGUUUCUGUUUAUGCAGCCCUAGCCACUCCUCCCCUGGCUGUGACUCACACAGCCUGCAAAAAAAAAAAUAGAAUUUUCAAUUAGAUUUCCUUCUUUGUUAUUUGAACUUUAUUCACACACAAGAGGUUCCGGUUGGAUCUAGAAAGCUAUUAACAGAGCAAGAGACAAAAAGUUCUAAAUUAAACAGACUGUGCUAUAAAGAAAAUUUAAAACAUUAGAUGCCACUUUACACCAAAUGUGUAUUAAGGCUCUGUUUAAGUAGCCUUAGUCACAGCUCCAAUGGAUGUGACCUCCAAGGUGAUUUUACUCCUAAAUGGCAAAUAAUUGUGUAGUGAGACUGCAGGGGCAUGAUCUAUAAACCAAAACCACUUCAUUAAGUUAAAGUUGUUUUGGUGCCUUCUUGCCAUCUACCCCUUAUACUUUUUUCCCCACCCCUUAUUCUUUAUCUCACCCUUAUAAAUACCUCUCAUCUCUUUUCUUUUCUGCUUACAUCUCUAUAGAAAAUGGGGUUGGAAAUUGGCAAAAUGACUUUAUGCCAGUGUUCAAGUGUGCCAAGUUGUGGCUGACUAUUCUUGUUUAAAGCAUACUCAUUAUAUUGGCGAUAAUGUUACCCUCUUCACCAUUUGUUUUAAGCCUACUCCUUGCAAUGUUUGGUAUCUUCUUUCAUCUUUCAAUAAAAUUCCUAUUUAUAGCAAUAAUGGUUUUACUCCAGUUAUCACACACUCUCUUCCCAGUUGUGUCAUAUAUGUUGUUUAAAUAGUGGUGGGGUUAUGUGGACUUAUGCUAUGCAUAGCAAGACACCAGAUGUCAGUGAGCCCAAAUGUGAUCAAGCCAUUUUAAUUUGCUGUAACCAUUCCUCCUUAGCUAAUCAACUUCCUAUGUCACAGGUGGCCAGAAGGCUUUUGUUAUUUGGAUUACAUAGGAAAAUAUGAAUUUCAAAAUGGGACAACUCAUUUCUUUGCUGUGCAUAAAAGCAGUCUGUCUUGUUGAUCAAGGUCUUCCCCCAAAGCUGCCUAGGCUCUGUUAUUUUUGGGAACCCUUGAAGUGUCUUCAUACUUGCCAGUACGUUAGCUUGGGCCUUGGUGAUGACUUGAGAAAAGUCCCUCUUUAUAGGCAUAAACAUAAAAGUACACAUAUUUAGAUCAGAAGUGUUAGUUUCUCUUCUGCCUUCACCAUCAUUUUUGAGACUGAACUGUUCGUACCAGCCUGUUUUCUUCCUUCAGUGCUGCUCCGCAUGUACCUGUACGUCCUUACUGUAAUACUGACUGCUGUUUAUCUUUAUAGUUCAUCAUAAACACAGAACAAUUAUCCUAGUCCACAAUUAUAACGUUUCACUUGCUCCGAUACUCUGUAACAAGUAGACAUAUCCAGACCCCAGGGCCGUACAUUCCAUUACACAGUGACUGUUUGAACUCUGAUACACCUGUACUCAAGCUCAUUCGCACAAACUGUACUGUUGGUGAAACCUGUCAACUCACUUUAUGAACUUCUUACUCUAAGGUAACGGUGAGCAGCAUAAUGUAGUCCAUAUAUUCUUAAUAAUGUAGGCCCUUUGUGUUAAGACUAACAAGAACAGGACUUUAAAAGUUUUAUUUAAAAAUUCCAUUUGGAAUCCUCUGACUUUGGGGAAAGGAGGGAUCACUUUGAUACUUAUUUACCCCUUAAGGACACAUGACAUGUGUGACAUGUCAUGAUUCCCUUUUAUUUCAGAAGUUUGGUCCAUAACGGGUUAAAAAUACAAUUUAAAAAAAUCGCUGUCCCAUGAGUAAAUACUCUACCCAAUAUUUCCCCUCCUACGUAUUUAUAGUUGGGUACGAUAACUCAGGUGGUUGUGAAACCUACUAGUAAAGUCGCACUUGCCACCGAAAGUAACCCAAGAAAUGUAAGUGCAAAGUAUAAAAUAGCAGACGCGUUUCGGCUCCAAAAACCUUCAUCCAGUGCUAUAUUGCAGGGCCUCCCUUCAAUACACUGGGCUUUAAAUGUGUGUAUAUUUAUGUAAACUUGUACAUAUAUAUAUAAUGUUUCUUUUGAACUGACAAAUUUCACACAUUUUCAGUACUUCCUGUUAUUUUUUCAAUCAUGCUUCCUUUUUUUUGAUAGUGAAUCAUUUUUAAAUCGAAGAAGAAAUGCAUUUUUUUUUUUUUUUUUUAAAAGCAAGCUGACCGUACUCAGGAAUAAAUUUAGGCAGUUAUGGUUCCAACCCAAUCAAUAGGGCUAGUGGCUAAAACAAAAUUAUAGAUAGGAACUUCGAAUAUGAAAAUAUAUGCUUAGCAUGAUAUAUGUAAUCUUUUU